GCCACCUAUAAAUAAAUUGGAUGUUUAACCCAUCAUGGUAAAAUUUUAUUAUGAAGUUAAAAAGCUAUUGAUGUACUUGGAAAAAUGCUCAGUCGUCUAUUUAUUUAUAUUCAGGUAUUCUCACCUAAAUUUAAAAUUUACUUUGAUUUCUUGUCAACUGGCAAUCUAUAGAAUAGCCCUGAAUUGUAGCCAACAAAAAAUUAAAUAUCAAUAUUAAGGCCAACAUAGCUGAUUUGGAGACAUUCUCCAAAUCAGCUAAAGUCACAGUUUGACUCUUUUUAGUCUAUUUGAUUUCCAGUUUCACGAAAGAAACUGAUCAACGUUAUUCAAUAAGCUGUUGUGGGAAGUUCAUAGCACAGUUCAAAUGUUAGACCAGACUAGCCGAGCUAAAAAGAUAACCGACUUGGAGAGUUUAUUUAAUUUGGUUAUUUUUGGCUAUGAAAUUCACUUAGGAUUACCAACAGUUUGCAGUUUAUUGAAUCACCCUGUUUGCAUGUUUACCAGUGUGUUGUAUACACGUGUGUAGCCCUGAUUUCUAGCACUGAACACUGAUGUGUGUUUAUAAAGAGCAGUAAACGCAUGGGGAAAAAAAAGGAACAUAUCAAAUGUAGAUCAGCCAUACUCUAAAUAAACAUUAAAGAGACGCUAAAAGCACCAUAACCACUGAAGCGUAAGCUGGUGCUUGGAAGCUGUCCCUGGACCGGAGCCUCCUGUGCACUCAGCAGCUAGUGGCUAUCUCAGCAUGCAGUGUCUGUGUAUGGAUAUUCUUGUGUAGCUGAACUGCAGGGCUGCCGAUAACACUCAGUGUGCACGCUCACAUGCCCCCCUUAAUGGCUGUGCAAAAACCUUAUCUCCAGAUAUGCAUGGUAGUGCAUAAACAUCAUGCUUUGUAACCGUUUAUAUUUAUGUGCAUAUCAACUUUAAAUGUCUGUUUUGCAGUGAUGUGGGCCCUAUCUAUGCACACACAGGCAGAAUUUGAGACAUUUAAAGCAUAUUUGUAUCGCUUUUACAGUAGUUUUUUUUUAUAGUCCUGUUAUAUGGGAUAUCAUUUUAAUGUGUUCUGUGUUCAAGUUAUUGCUCUGAAAAUAUAAGGACCGUUUAACAGUACGGGCUUCACUUCUUGAAGACUGUCUAAGGUACAAUUAGUAUGCUGAUAACUCCAGUGCUCUUCAAUUGAUCACCGUUCAAUACCUGUAACUUGAUUGUUGACUGACUUCAGCCAUCAAGCUAGCUACACAGCAGAAUCAGCCAAUUGUCACUGCGAUAUUUAGGUCGGAAAGUGAAGCCUACAAUUUUAAACAAUCUCUACAUUUACAACAAUUAAAACACACACAGCAUUUAGGCAAAGUUAGAAGAGUCCGAAUUUAAGUUGAGUCCUUCAGUUCUGUCUUGUAUUCCACUUCUCAUGAACUUGUUUAUUAAUGAUAUUGUAAUAGAUAGUCAUUGUAAGUCAUGUGUCAGUGUUUACUGAUGACAAAGUCUAGGUAAGCUAAUACAGUGGGAGCAGGAUAGUGGCUGACAAGAUUUAAUGUAGAUAAAUGCAAAGUUGUGUAUUUUGGGGUAAGGAAUGCACAAGCAAUGUAUACUCUAAAUGUUACUGCGUUUGGAAAACAAUAAAUUAGAAAAACAUGAGAAUAGUUAUAGACAGCAGACUAGUCAACAAUGUGCAAUGUCUGAAAGCGGUUGCUAUGGUCUGUAAGGUGUUGACAUGGAAAAAGGUUUAAUUAAAAGGAGGUUUAAUUAAUUGGACAAAAAUACAAUCUUGCCUCUUUAUAAAUCCAUGCCAAGACCCCACCUUGAAUAUGCCGUGCACGUUUUUGGCACCUUGUUUAGAGAAGGAUGCUAUGGAACUUGAAAAAGUGUAGAGGUGGCCUACAAAAUGAAAUAGUGGACUGGAAGAUUUUAGUUAUAAAUAAACAAUCGAAAACUUGAAUUCGUAUACUUUAGAAAAAAGGCGACUCAGAGGAAAAAUGAUAAUAUUAUGUAAAUAUAUACAGAGCCUGUACAAACCGCUCUCUAGUAAUCUGUUCUAGGCACUAUAACCAUAUCAUCAUUGUCCCUCCAUGCAGUGUUAAACCAUUUUUGUACAGUUUAACACUGAAUGAGGAUACCUGGGUUCCCAAAGCCCCACCCCCAAGGAGGGAUAGCUAAGGCAGUGUUUACACACUUCCUUGUAGCCAUACUGAUUCAUAUUUGAAAUGACACCAUGAUAGGCUGAAUGCAGUCAGCUGACACUGUCAGCCAAUUACUGCCACUUAUUGCUCCUCUGGCCAAUCAUUAGCCCAAGCAGCACAGAUGGAGUGGGCUGCUGUGGACUCUCGUUUUUCAUUAAAACAUUAAAACUGUUUAAUGCUGAAUGGAAGGACAGCAACAGGUGACUCCAGACUCUAUAGUCACUUUAAUAAAAUAAAGUAGCUAUGGGGCCUACAGUGUCCCUUUGAUAGUUCUGUACAAAGGAAAACGGUUACCCAUUUAGACUUGAAGAGAGGAAAUUUCACCUAUGACAGUGAAAAGGGUUGUUUGCAGUAAAUACAAUAUAGAUUGUAUUGUCUGUUGUAUUAUCUGUACAGAUUUGAUUUUAUUUUUUUAAACCCUUGAUGCUUUUUUAGAAACCCAGAGAAUAUCCAAGGCUAUAUUAGUUAAUAUGUGGGGUAACAACUGAAGUAAAAAAAAGGAAUAGUUUCACAAUUUUGCCAAAAUGUUAAAUCGCUUCAAACCCGUUUUUCUCCUUACAGAUACAGAUGCGUAAAGGCUGAACUUGAUGGAUGUUUUUUUCCCCUGUCUAUAGUACUAUGCUACUGUAACAGAUGUGCUUUAAGUUAAAUGGUAGCCUAUGACAUCAUGUAUAUGCAACACACCAUAGCACACGAUGUCACUGGUUCCACACGCUUUGGAAGAGGUAGGUACCUCUAUGUAGAGGCUACAGAUGGUGGUAAAUAUGUAAUUGUGAUCUAUAGAAUGCCCAGCUUAACAUAUUCCUUAUUUAUGUAAUAAUGAAACAGCAAAUUUAUUUCAUAUGUAUUAAGCAACUCUAACAUGUGUCUUAGAAGUUGAAGUGGAAAUGACAAGAUGAGCUUCCGUGUGGAUAUUAAAAAAUGCCAUCUCAAGGCUUCAUUUGAAGCAGAGCGCAAAUUCUCAACAGCAAAUUGCUUUUAUAGUGCCUUGCGAUAGCAGCCGUGGCAGGGAGCUUCAAAAACAGUCAUUACAUGUUUAACUCGAUUGCCCGAGAAGUGCAUCUGCUAAUAAAAGUGUGCAGUUUACAUCACCUAAACAAGAACUAAUGAAAUCAUCAGGCUCUUCGUGUUUUAACCCUAUUUACUAACAGAAUAGACCAAUUGUAGAGUGGAUCAGAGAAAUACACCAAAUCAGGUGAUGGGCAAUCUAUACUGUAUAAAUUUAUUUUAUUUUUUUAUUUUAUUGGGCCCCCCUGCCCUUGUUCCUUUUACGAUUAAGAAUUGCAUCUAAGUAACCAUUUACUUACGUUUUUCCAGUGUCAAGACUGAGUCCGCUCUGCCUCCUUUCAUCAGUAACCAUUCUGACAUCUUCCGACUUCUUGGACGUCUUGUGCAAUCCGCCUUUUCUCAUAGAGAAGCAUUAUGAGCUAGCAUUCCUGAGAAGCAUCAGAAUACUCUCGAUGUCCUCAUGCAAUCUAUGAGGAUGUAGUUUAUCGAGAACCAGAGUCUGAUUUGGUUCUCUCUCCGAAAGCACCACCUAGUGGCUGUCAGUGUAAUAGCCACUAAAGGUGUGCUUAGCCCAGCAAUGAAAACAUUGCUGUUUCUCUAAACCAGCAAUGUUUUACACUGCAGGAGCAAACACCAGAGGCACUGCACACAGAUCACUUCAUCUCUAUGAAAUGGUCUGGGUGCCUACAGUAUCCCUUUAAAUGCAGAGUCCUGUAAUGUCACUAUGGCAACAGAAACUGUUGCCAAAUGUAUGCAAUCUGUGUACAUUUUCUUAGUGUGUUGAUCUGCAGCAUGUCAUUCAGUGAUUUGUACUUGCCAACAGUUGCUACGUUUUCGGUUUAAACAUUUUGGCCUAAUAUUUGAAAAUCACUUAAAGUGCUCUACCCAUACCACAAUGAGCACAUUCAUGUCACACUAUAGGCAACACUGAUCCUUAAAUUCACCACAAAAUUGUUCCUGAACUAUAUUUCCCAUAAUGCAUUGAUGGGCUCUCCUCAAUGGCCUACAAUUAUACAGUUCUGGAUUAAUCUUUAUCAUUAUCCAAAUUGGCAUGUUUGGUCCAAACUGUUAAGCUCAGAUCUCAGCCUAUUAUUAGUGGGAUACUAUAGAGUCAGUCACACAAUCAUUGCUGACACUAUAGUGGUAAAAUAACGGUUUAGGUAACUGGCCCCCCUCUCUUUACUUUAAAAUUUUAUUUUUAUUCACCCUUUUCCCGUGCCACGCCAGUCUGGCCCAGUGCCUUUUUCUACUGCCUCCAUGGCUGAGAUCAUCAGUCUUGAUGAUCUCAGCCAAUACAAUGCUUCCCCAUAGAAGAUACUUAACACCAGUGCUGCACACUGUGCAGCACUUACCCAGGAAGCAGCUCUCGUGGCCAUCUGAGUGACUGCCACUAGAGACGUUUCUAGGCACUAAUGUAAACACUGCAGAGAAAAGGCAGUGUUUAACUAAAAACGUCUGCAGGAUAGGCUAUAGACACCAUAACAACUACAUUAAGCUAUAGUUGUUCUGGUGACUAUAGUGUCCCUUUAAGAGAAUAAACUCCUUUUUUAAAAAUUAUUCCAUAUUAUGAAAAUGUCAUGUUUUCUCCUUAUAUAUGCAAUCAAAUCACUUUUCUUUUCUCCUUAUCACCUUUUUUGUUUGUUCCCAAGGAUUUUGCAACAUGGUGCUUUGGCAGUAAUUUGGUAUCCUCUUAAACUUCCUAUUUGUUAUGUUUUGAACAAGAUAACCCAUUGUCCAAGAGCUAUGAGAAUGGGAGUCGCUCAACAAAACCAUUAAGCACACAAAUCCUGCAAGCGUCAUGAAAGGAGUAUUAAAACACAGCACAUUUCCCUGCAAUCUAUUGCGUGUAUAAAAUGGCCUUGAUGGAAAACCGAGAAGAAAAACAGCUUUAAAAAAACUUGUUUCCUGAGCCUCAGGUCCUUUGUGAAGCUGUGUGAUACACAGAUGACUAAACACUAAUGUUCCCAACACAAUAUUGUGUGUCCUUCUGACCGGCAUAACAGUGUGACUCACUCAUAGGCUGUUUUAUUGGCUGGUGAAAGUCAUAGGACACAGAUUCAGAACAUUUCACAGCAGUACUGUUGCUUAACCAAUCAUGUUCAUAUACGUGUAUUGGGACUUUGAGCAAACCGUGCACCAGCCUAGAUCUCUUCCCCAGCUACAUGUCUUUUUACAUGUGUUUUGGUAUCUCAGGUGAGUCUGUUGAUCCUAAGGAACCAAGGGUCUUGUGGAAUUCUAACUCAAGAAGAACCUGCAAUUUUACUGUUCUUUAGGUUGGGGGGGGGAGGGUUGACUCUAGUACCCUGUAUUUGCUCAAUACCUCUAUAGAUUCCAGCCCAGAUCACUGAAGAAUCCAGAGAUGAUCUGAGGCCAAGAUAUAAGUAUGCAGAAAGAAGAGAUGGACCCCGAUGAUUAGGGAUGUGAAUGGGAAAAAAAUUGUCAGGGAAUUCGGCACUUCAGUUCAGUUCGGGAAUUUGGCACUUCAGUUCGGCAAUCUGAAGUUUGGGACUUCGGCAAUUCCCUAAACAUAACCCUACCCCUAACCUAACCCCAACCCCAACCCUAACCCUACCCCUAAGGUUAGGGUUAGAUUCCUGUCAUCAUUCCCUUAAUUUUCCCUCCCUCUCCUGUUUUGCCACUUUUCAGAAGUCCAAAGCUCUUCGGCACUUCCCGAAAUUCGUCACUUCGGCAAUUCGGUUCGGCACUUCCGAAUUUAAAUUCGGACCGAAACGAAUUGCACAUGUCUACCAAUGAUGUCUCAAAGUUCUGGAGAAGAUCAGCACUUCUUCACCCAUGCUUACUUUUUCUGCUAUCAGAAAUAAUGUUUGUUUUUUGUUAUGCAAAAAAAAUCUCAUUGCAAUAUGUGGUCUUCAGAUAGGUAGUAUAGAAAUGUAUGUAGCGGAGAUGCAAUAUUCCCCAGGUUAUCUCCGCUUAUAAUCCAAGUGAGGCUCAGGAACAAGUAAAUUGUAAAUCCACAGGCAAGGUUUCCAGCAGGCAAAAUAACACAGCAGUAUCCCAGCAGCAAUCCCAAUAACUGGACGACACACAGUUUCAGGAGCAGAACUGAAAGCUUUAUUCCACACUGGCUUUUUAAAGCAUGCUCCCAUGCAAGGGAGGGAUUACAAUCAUUAAUACAGUAGCCAAUCCUGUCCUGGUAACCUCCUCCCCUCAGCCGGCAUCACAAUCCCCUUAUCCAGUACAACAAUUCCCCCCGUUUCUGGAUGUACCCCUAAACGUAGGGGUACCCCUUUAAAUCAUACAUCCCCUGGUAACCCUGAUCUGGGUGAACAACAUAUCCAAAAAUCACCCAGAUCAGACCAGGGGUUCGGGAAAUUUAUGGAGGGAAUAAAAUGACCCGGAGUCAGGGAAUGAAUGGCACGAAAACCUCUAGCUAUAGAGGCUAGGGAGGGUUUGCCUGAAUCCCCUCGUUCGGUUCUUUCUAUCUUCCGAACGAGGGGCCGUUCGGUAGUUAGGAACCGAACGGACCGGGCUUGUGGAGGUUUCAGCGGUGUUCGCCUAGUCGAGUGUCCGAUUUGAGUUCCAGACACUCGACGGCAAAACACCGCUGUUUGCCACGUGUUCGUUUUUCGAAUGGCGGCCACCCCCGAGAACAAAGGAUGGCUACUUAACUUGUCAAUUACCCGUUUGCAACAAUGUUGCAACGGGUAAUUGAGGACACACUUCACACAGGGGAGGUCUGACUGUUCGGUAGUUUCAUUCGAACAAACUAAGGGAAUAAAACUACCUAACAUUCAGACGAAUACAAUACAUCAAAUACAUAGAACCUUGCUGUUUUCACACGAAUGCAUUAAAAUACAUGAAAUUCUCAGGACAGCCCAGGGCCAUUCGCUACAAUGUAUAUUCUACCUCCAAGUAUCCCAUGAGUAUAGCUAAGGGUGAAAUCCAACUAGGUUUUUAUUUGUGUGUUUAAAGUGGCAUGGGCAAGUGUGAUGGGAAAUGGGGCUCUGGAACAGUGCUUAAAAUAGCCUGGUUAUCAGCUACUCAUUAAGCAAUAAACUCUAAUAUGUCAUAGCUAUUCAUAAAUUGAGAUCUAACUUGUGAAUUGAAGUUGGUCUCCUGGGAUAGUUGUUGGCUAGCAUAGUGUCUGUCCAGCGGUAAUAGUGACUGGAAAUUUGGGUGGUUAGCUAGGAAAGCUUUUGGAUAGGACGAGGUCUGGUUUGCUGUCUAGUGAACUAGAAAUGUGGUUGUAGAGGUAGUACAAGCAGUAAGAAAACACAAAACUAGUCUCUUUGUAAUACAAAUGGUGCAUGGCCUUCAGGUCUUUGCCACAACCAGCAACAAUAAAGAAAGAUAGAUCCAGCAGUCCUUUUUGGCAAACUAGGUCCUGUUUGUUCUAUCAAGACACCAACUGAGCUGUAGAUUGUGAGAAAAAAUAUAGAAUAAUAACUUUCUUACUGAGGGGGAAAGGGGAGAGCUUGAACCUGGAAAUUGAAAUAAGUGGUGCCAGGAAAGAGAAAGUAGAGAAUGAAGAUGGAUUAUUGCUGAUGUUCGAAAGUAGAGAAUGAAGAUGGAUUAUGGCUGAUGUUCUAAGGAAAGAGAAAGUAGAGAAUGAAGAUGGAUUAUGGCUGAUGUUCUAAGGAAAGGAGAAAGUAGAGAAUGAAGAUGGAUUAUGGCUGAUGUUCUAAGGAAGGAGAAAGUAGAGAAUGAAGAUGGAUUAUGGCUGAUGUUCUAAGGAAAGAGAAAGUAGAGAAUGAAGAUGGAUUAUGGCUGAUGUUCUAAGGAAGGAGAAAGUAGAGAAUGAAGAUGGAUUAUGGCUGAUGUUCUAAGGAAGGAGAAAGUAGAGAAUGAAAAUGGAUUAUGGCUGAUGUUCUAAGGAAGGAGAAAGUAGACAGGUAGGUGCAAGUAAAGGACACAGGUAGUUAGUGGAGAUGGAUAGCUGAAGUUGUGUGUGUAGUCCAACAACAGGUUGAUUCAUUGUCAGGGUUGAUUUCUUAAUUUUCUACACUGGUUAUAUGAUACAGCAAACCUUACUAACGUAGUAAUUUAUAUCCCUGCUUGAAAACAGUUGAGUUAAACCUUUUGUCUUUAAAGAAUUUCCCAAGACUGGUGUGGCAAAAGUGACCUCACCACUAGUUCUUGGAGGGGCCUGUUUGCCAGCCUCCUACCCUGUGACAAUGGCCCCUGUGAUAAACCUUGUUUAAAAAUACUGUUUGUGCCCUUUUGGACUGGUACAGUACCACUUCAACUCCUGAAGUGGUUCGAAGUGACACUUCGAACUCCCGAACAGUCAAAGGGAGUCGAAGUGGCCGCCAUUCGACAUUUGAACACGUGGCGGCGGCCAUCUUGUUUAGUCGAACGCGUUCAGCAGUGUUUUGUCGUUGAGUUCAUAGAACUCAAAUCGGACACGUGACGGCACGAACACCGCUGAACAGUUACCUUCCAUGGAACAUCGGUGUAGCGGAGCGGCAAUAUUAAAUCCCACGAACUCCGCUGGUAAAGAAGGUAAUCCACAGUCAAGCGCUGAAAAGUAAGACAAUAUCCCAAAUCCCCCAGUAACCGGACGAAACACAGUUCUGGGAGUCAACUGAGGUCUUUAUUCACAUGCUCCAGUAUUUAUACAAUUCCCCAUGCAAGGGGUUUCCUGAGUCACAUCACAGGGGUAUUACAGGAGUGGACUACAUGGGAAACUUAAAUCACAGAGCAUUUCUCCCAUCAGGCACUGCUGCACGAGAGGGAUACUCCCACUGGAAUGUACCAUUAAGUGGAUUAUCCCUCCGUGCAGCAGAACCGACAAUUCACAUUAAAAUCUAUAACUUUUUAAUAAUACUUGGCAGAUUUAAACAAAUGGACGUUCGGUAGAUAGCUUGGGUCUGAGCGCACAGUUCGUGAGACUACCGCUCAGAUCCCAGCUAAAACAACCGAACGCCGCACGAAAUACACUUUGCCAUAGAGUUCGCCCCAAAAUACCGAACACCGAUGGGGAACCCUAAUGGCGAAAGACCGGAGCUCCCGAACGGCCUGGAAGCCCAGCGGUGUUCGCGCUGUCGAGUAGCCGUUUUCAGUUCCACGCACUCGACGACCAAACACCGCUGGGGAGACAAAGGAUCCAAGAUGGCUGACCGUCGUGUGGUCGGUAGCCGAACGACGGCCACCUAGGAAAGCCUCUAAUUACCGAUUGCAACAUUAGGGGGUAGCUCAUUCGGUUCAAGAACAGACCGCAAUGGUGCUGUUCGUGAAACGAAACACAUGAAUGCUAGCAGCUUUUGGCAGCUAGCAUACGAAUGCAAUACAACAUACAAUAAUACACAGGAUACAGCCAGUGAAUACAAAAAUUCACCAGAAUAAUACAGGCAACCUUUUUAUACAUCUAGUCCAUGUUGUUAUAAGUGGCUAGGUUUGCCACAAUGCUCCCUCAGAAGCAAGCCGGCAUACACAGUCUGAUCCCAACGGAUCGGCUUGGGGAUGUCCGGAGAGUGCUCACAGAUCACUUCUCGAGUUCAGUCUGUGUGGAUAACCCGUCGGCGUUACCGUUUUGUUUUCCUGGGCGAUAAUGGAUUGUGAAGUCAAAAGGCUGCAGCGCCAAACUCCAGUGCAGCAGCCUGGCAUUGUCUCCAGCCACACGGUUUAGCCACACCAAUGGGUUGUGAUCUGUGAGCAGGGAAAAAGGUUGUCCAUAGAGGUACGGCUGUAACUUUUUGAGGGCCCACACCACGGCCAAACAUUCCUUUUCUAUGGCGGCGUCGCUUACCUCUCGGGGUAACAAUUUCCGGCUUAGAUAUGCUACGGGAUGUUCUCCGCCAUCGGCUCCAACUUGGCUCAGUACUGCUCCCAAUCCAAACAUCGAAGCGUCUGUGUGGACAAGAAAUCGUUUAGUUGGAUCAGGAUCAGCAAGUACAGGUGCAUUAGUUAGAGCCGUCUUGAGUUGGUUGAAUGCCUGAUCACACUCUGGGGCCCAGGCGACCUGUCGGGGCAGAUUCUUGCGGGUCAGGUCAGUCAGGGGUUUUACCAGGGCCCUGUAAUUGGGCACGAAUUUUCUGUAGUACCCUGCGGUGCCCAGGAAAGCGAGUACUUGGGUCUUGGUCCUAGGGGUGGGCCACUUAGCUACGGCUUCAAUUUUAGCUGGUUCGGGUUUUUGUUGCCCGCUUCCCACCCGGUGGCCCAAGUACUGUACUUCGGCCAUCCCUAUAUGACACUUGCUAGGUUUCAGUGUCAAUCACUGCCCCUAUGUGUUGUAGAUGUUCUGCCCAGGUCUGGCUAUAUAUAGAGAUGUCGUCCAGAUAUGCGCAGGCAUAUUCCUGGAACCCAUCCAGUAGCCGAUCUGCUGAAAAGUUACCGGAGCGUUUUUCAUCCCGAAGGGCUUGACCCGAAACUGGUACAGGCCAAACGGGGUGACAAACACCGACUUGGGGAUGGCAUCCUCGGCUAGUGGAAUCUGCCAGUAUCCCUUACAUAAAUCUAUGGUAGUGAGAUACUGGCCUCGUGCCAUCUUAUCCAGCAGCUCGUCUAUCCGGGGCAUCGGAUAGGCAUCAGACACCGUUUUGUCGUUCAGCCUCCGGUAGUCCACACAAAACCGUGUUGUACCAUCCUUCUUAGGUACCAGCACUACCGACGAUGCCCAGGGGCUAUCGGAAUGUUCAAUAACCCCUAGCUGCAACAUCUCCUCAAUCUCCUUCCUCAUAUGUUCCCUGACUGCUUCAGGGAUCCGAUAUGGGGUCUGCCGCAUAGGUAGCUGUCCAGGGGUCUCGACUUGGUGAGUGGCUAGCGGAGUGUACCCAGGUAAAUUGGAGAAGGUGGCUCCUUUAGCCGCUAUCAACUCUUGUAGCUGGGCUCGCUCUUGAGGGCUUAGCUGCUGUUGAACCCCCUUGGAGGGCUCUGUCUGGUCAUCCUGUUCUAAUAGGUCAGGUAGCAGCAGAUUCUCCUGAUCCUCAGAGGCUGGGGUGCAUAUGGCUGCCACGUCCUCUAUUCUCUCAUGGUAGGAUUUGAGCAUGUUCACGUGGAGCAUGCGUCUCUUCCCUACCCCUGAGCAGGGGCCAAUCACAUAGGUGGUGUCACAUCUCUGUUCCACCACCUGGUAUGGGCCUUGCCAGAUGGCCUGCAGCUUGUCUGUGUGGACAGGUUUUAAAAUCAAUACCUUCUGUCCCACUUGAAAGCUGCAGUCUCUGGCUCCCCUGUCAUACCAGCGGCGCUGGCGUUGCUGGUCCGUCUGGAGAUUGGUGCGCACGGCCUGGGUUAGGGCUUUCAGGCGGUCCCUGAACUCCAGCACGUAAGGUACAAUGGGAGUCCCAUCAGCGCUACUCUCUCCAAUGCUCUCUAAUUAGGUCCAACGGCCCUCUUACCCUUCUCCCAAACAGCAACUCAAACGGGGAAAAUCCCAAUCGACUCCUGGGGUACCUCUCUAUAAGCAAACAGCAGAUGAGGGAGAAAUCGCUCCCAGUCCUUAUGGGCCUCUUCAAACGUACGGAGCAUCUGCUUCAGAGUACCAUUAAAUCUUUUGCAUAAGCCGUUGGACUGGGGGUGAUAUGCGGAGUUUACUAUCGACUUAAUGCCACAUAUCCUCCACAGUUGCUGGGUGACCUCGGCGGUGAACUGGGUACCCCUAUAAGAUAUUAUCUCCUGGGGAAACCCUACCCGGGAAAAGACCUUCAUUAAAGCCUCGGCCACCGUUUCUGCAUGAAUAUUAGACAGGGCGAUGGCCUCGGGGUACCGGGUGGCGUAGUCCACUAUGGUCAGGAUAUACCUCUUACUGGAGUGACUAGGCUUAGGUAAGGGUCCCACUAUGUCAACUGCCACUCUGCUAAAUGGCUCUUCAAAAAUAGGCAGGGGCAUAAUUUCGCUUUGUGGCGGUCACCCCUCUUCCCCACUCGCUGGCAAAUGUCACAGGAGGUGCAGUAAUGCCUCACAUCUUUGGAAAUCCCGGGCCAGAAAAAGGCGUGGGUCAGCCGGUAGCGGGUACGGGUCAUUCCAAAUGCCCAGACAAGGGAAUAUCGUGCGCAAUCCUAAUCAGUUCCUGCCUGUACUUUUGGGGGACCACUAACUGUUUAGUGGUUACGGGGACUGACCCCCCUAUUACUGUUUCUGCUACACGAUACAGUAGCCCUUUCUCCCAGGUAUACCACUCCCCCUCUAACCCUGCCUGAUCUGUGCUCACCCUGUCUCGGUAGACCUGCAACGUGGGGUCUGACCUAACCUCUGCCUCAAAUGUAGUCAGGGUGUCCCAGGUCAUAUGUGUCAUAGGAGUGUCAUGGUCUCUUACCUGAGCCUCAGAGUGGGUUGGUGGAACCGUGGUGCGAGCCUGCUGCCGGGUGGUCACAGGAUGAGCUUCCUGAAGUGGGGCCUGUGGUAUAAAUGCAGAGGUCAUCCGGCCCAAGUCAUUUCCCAGUACCACCUCUGCUGGCCACUUCUACUACCCCCUCCCCAGCACCCCAGUUCAAAUGUACCUUUGCAGUGGGCAGGCGGUACAUGGCUCCCCCUGCCACUCGUACUGCCACACAUCCGCCAGUGUGAGCUGUAUCUGGAACCAAAUGAGGUGCUACCAAAGUUAAUGUGGCUCCUGAAUCCCAGAGUCCCUGCACCUCUUUUCCCUCCACGGUCACUAGUUGGCGAUGAUGUUGCCGGUUGUCAGUGGCUUGUACGGACAUCACCUCGUGCAGUAUUCCCAGGGGUUCCUCUGCCUGAAUGCCCAGCAGCUCCUGGGUGUCUGGUUCUACUUGGUAGUGAUGGGCAGCGGCCCUAGGUGCAGGGUUCUGCCGUACCGAUUGACGGGCCUGUGGUGCCUCCUUGCAUCGAAGUGUUGAUGUAGCGGAGAUACAAUAUUCCACAGAUUAUCUCCGCUUAAGAUCCCAGUGAGGCUCAGGAACAAGUAAUUAUAAAUCCACAGGCAAGGUUUCCAGCAGGUAAAAUAAUCCAACAGUAUCCCAACAGCAAUCCCAAUAACUGGACGACACACAGCAUCAGGAGCAGAACUGAAAACCUUUAUUCCACAGUGGCCUUAUAUAGCAUGCUCCCAUGCAAUGGAGGGACUUUCAUCAAUUAGUACACUACCCAAUCCGACAAUAGUAACCUCCCACCCAUCUCCUCCCCUCAGCCUGACUCAUAAUCCCCUUAUUCUGUACACAAAUUCCCCCAGUUUCUGGAUGUACCCCUAAACCUAGGGGUACCCCUUUAAAUGGCACAUCCCCUGGUAGCCCUGAUCUGGGUGAGCAACAUAUCCAAAAAUCACCCAGAUCGGACCAGGGGUUCGGGAAAUUUAUGGAAGUACUAAAAAGACCGACCGCGCUGGAGAGAACAGCCGAAUUGGGUUCCAUGCGAUGGGGCCCUGCGGUUGGUCCCAGUAUAAGGGAAUAAAUUACACGAAAGGCUAAGGCUACAGAGAUCAGGUAGGGUUCGCAUGAAUCCCCUCGUUCGGUAGACAGAAACGUUUGGUAGUUUGGAACCGAACGGACCGGGCUUGUGGAGGUCUCAGCGGUGUUCGCCUAGUCGAGUGUCCGAUUUGAGUUCCAGACACUCGACGGCAAAACGCCGCUGUUCGGGAGUUUUAAAAUGGCCGCCACCACGUGUUCGUUUUUCGAAUGGCGGCUACCCUGCGAACAAAGGACCUACUGCAUAGCUUGUCAAUUACCUGUUCGCAACAUUGUUGCAACGGGUAAUUGAAGGCACACUUCACACAGGGGAGGUCUGAUUGUUCGGUAGUUUCAUUCCCUUAGUUUAUUCGAAUGAUUCUACCGAACAAUCAGACGAAUACACUUUAUUUCAACACAUACAAAACCAGCAGUUUACACAAAUGCAGUUAAACACAUGUAAUUUUCAGGACAGCCCAGUGCCAUCCGCUACAGUUGAUCUGCCAAUCGGGCUGCUUCAGUUAGGGUGAGAGGUUUGCGGUCUCUCACCCAUUCUUGGGCUUCUGGGGAUAAACCAUUAAAAAAUUGCUCCAACAACAUUAACUGUCGCAACUCCUCCAUGGUGGUGGCUUGUGGUGGCCUGUAUCCACCCCUGAGAUGCUUGGUCUAGCUUCUGCUGCCCGACCGGCCAGUUUGCCUGCCAGCAACGGCACCCAUACUGCUUGUUCUAGGUCAUGUAGGUCACAUAGCCUUUCAAAAUCUUGUAAAUACCCAUCAAUCUCAUCCUUCUCCUCGCAAAACAUUUUGAAGGCAUGAUAAGGGAUUUAGGGUUUUACCUGUCCGUAGAUGGAGGCAGUGAUGGAUUCUGCCCUGGACAGUGUCUCCUGUGGACGGUGUGCCAUCACGUACUCCUGCACAUCCGCCAUCAGUACCGUCAAUAUUUCCAGGGGUACUGGCUGCGGCGGAAACUCCAUCCGGGUUCGCAUCUCUCUUUGGUAUGGGGUUUCCUCCAUGGCUGGUGGGGGUGUGCUGUUGUGAGCUCUGUCUCCCUCCAUCAGUUCGGUGAUCAGCACGGCUUUCGGCUUGUUGCUGGCUAUCUUUCCUCUGGCUUCCAGCAGUUCUUUCAGUGUCUGCCUUUCCAGUGCCGUGUAAUUCGUCCACAUUCACUUUUCUCUUUCGGUUGUUUGCUGCAUACGAAUUGCCAUUCCCUUUUCUCGUUCGGUAGUUUCUCUUUAUCUGAACGGCGCUUUUCGGCUGUAAGGUUGGAUCCCGUCGCUUGCCACCAAUUGUAGCGGAGCGGCAAUAUUAAAUCCCACGAACUCCGCUGGUAAAGAAGGUAAUCCACAGUCAAGCGCUGAAAAGUAAGGCAAUAUCCCAAAUCCCCCAGUAACCGGACGAAACUAAGUUCUGGGAGUCAACUGAGGUCUUUAUUCACAUGCCCCAGUAUUUAUACAAUUCCCCAUGCAAGGGGUUUCCUGAGUCACAUCACAGGGGUAUUACAGGAGUGGACUAUAUGGGAAACUUAAAUCACAGAGCAUUUCUCCCAUCAGGCACUGCUGCACGAGAGGGAUACUCCCAUUGGAAUGUACCGUUAAGUGGAUUAUCCCUCCGUGCAGCAGAACCGACAAUUCACAUUAAAAUCUAUAACUUUAAUAAUACUUGGCAGAUUUAAACAAAUGGACGUUCGGUAGAUAGCUGGGGUCUGAGCGCACAGUUCGUGAGACUACCGCUCAGAUCCCAGCUAAAACAACCAAACGCCGCACAAAAUACACUUUGCCAUAGAGUUUGCCCCAAAAUACCAAACACCGAUGGGGAACCCUAAUGGUGAAAGACCGGAGCUCCCGAACGGCCUGGAAGCCCAGCGGUGUUCGCCUCGUCGAGUAGCCAUUUUCAGUUCCACACACUCGACGACCAAACACCGCUGGGGAGACAAAGGAUCCAAGAUGGCCGACCGCCACGUGGUCGGUAGCCGAACGACGGCCACCUAGGAAAGCCUCUAAUUACCGAUUGCAACAUAACGUUAACGAGCGCCACACGUCCCUCUCUGUGUGGGCUAUUAGGGGGUAGCUCAUUCGGUUCACGAUCAGCCCGCAAUGGUGCUGUUCGUGAAACGAAACACAUGAAUGCUAGCAGCUUUCGGCAGCUAGCAUACGAAUGCAAUACAACAUACAAUAAUACACAGGAUACAGCCAGGGAAUACAAAAAUUCACCAGAAUAAUACAGGCAAAAAGAGACUUCCAGGAAUUUCCCGAACCCCUGCUUUGAUCUGGGUGAUUUUUGGAUAUGUUGUGCACCCAGAUCACGGCUAUCAGGGAUAUCUACCCUGGGUAUUGGUAUAUCACUAUACUCCCCUGGGAUUAUAAUCACUAGCUCGUUUAAGAGCUGUUCCUGCUAUGCUCUCUGGAGUAGGAGAGGUUCACCCACGGGAAGCUGGAUCAUGGUCUUGGGUCCAGGGUGGGUGGAGGACGACGAGUUCCCAGCCAAACUGGUACGCUGGACGUGGGGACUACAGUGCUGAUGGUGUCUGGUGGAGUGCUUGGAGCCCUCAGUAAGCACUAGGAGCAUCGACUGAUGGAGGCACCCGGUCGGGUGGUCCAUUUCACAUUUCUACGUGGGCUCAACUUCUGUUUGACCCACAUGAAUGGGACAAUAUCUGGUUAUCUAGCCCACUAUUAUUCUUUGCUGCGAUCUUACAAUAUUACACUCGUUACUUUGAAGUCUUAGUUGAACUGAAUUUAAAUAUCUGUAGAGCCCCAUUUUCAUGCUACAAACUAAAACAUUUAGACAGUUUGAGAAUCAUAGUGAUUUUUAUCUACAUAGUAUCUUUGUUGUUUCUUUAAUAACCCGCUUCUCUGGGGAGAAAGGAAAAAUAUACUAAAGUUGUAUAGUAAGUGCAUCUUUGAAUUCACACAUGCCUUUACUUUACUGCUGGUGUCUCCCUCAGCCCUUUUUCCUACUUUUGGAGUUCCAAUCAGAAUAUGAGGUCAACGUUUUCAAAGCCCUGAUCUGAGAGCUGCACAGAUUUAGGUGGACCUUUACCGCUAUUGAGUCCUUUAUGCUGGGUUCUGGUGCAUCUCCUUCUGGUCAUCUUCAGCAAAGGUGACGCAAGUGAGCGAAAGGUUAAUUUCAUAAAAAGAAAAGUCACGCACUGAUUUUUAUUCAAACUGGCUUCUAUGUGAAACAGACUGUUACACCCCUAACGGCUGCAUUUAAAUAGAAAUAUGAUUUUAUACAAAUGUUCACGCUAGAUUUAAAUAGGGAUCCGACCCCCUGAUGUUACAAAUGCUGUGUUCUGCUGCUUAGCACUGGGUACAGGCGAUAGAUACAUAUUUACAGGAAUUUGUUCCUGAGCAGCUAUUUAUAUCUUGGCUAAAAAUACAUCGUAUGCCUCAAUUUGUGUUACAGGGAUGAGUUAUAUCAGCUUAUUGCAAGUCUCAGAUCUGUUUCUAUUUUAACAAGUCCAAACACGCCAGUUCUGUUCUGCAAAGAGGAUGAUUCAGGCUGGUUUUUCUUGAGAUUUUCAAUCUUGUUAUAUAAAGUUGUUGACACGUAAUCAAUUCACUGUACUUAACAUGUACCAUAGUCUUUGUGUCAUGCUUGUGGACCAGCAAUUGUUCAGAUAGCGCCACGUCCUUUCUUUCAAUAAAGGUCAUUCGUGGUACCAUAGGUUUAGUAGAAGAUUUACGUACAGGCAGAGUACCUACCUCUUUGCACUGACUUACAAAUUUACCCUGUUCAACUACUAGGUUGUCCAUCCAAGCCACUGGUUUCUUUGCAGUGCUGAGGAUCUGCCAGUGCAUGUGGCACCCAAAACACUGAUAUCUUACCAUGUCAUGGGACUCGAAGAUGGAAAUACGGUAAGACGUUUCGACCACGGUUUUCAAACAAUGUACGUAUAUCGUAUUUAUGACCUUGUCCCCUGCCUUCUUGUGCCACCUCAUAACUAAAUAAUGUUAUACAAGAAUACAUGGGUGGCAUUUAUGUGGAAUACCAGAAUACACGAGUGGCAUUUAUGUAGAAAGUCAUGUUUGGCCCUUAAAUGCUAGUUAUGCAGACCAGACAUAACUGAAGAAAAAGCUUUGUUCAAGAGACCUAGAAAUCAUUUUGAAAACAGUGAGCCCCAGUGGUAAAAAUUAGACAAAGGCCACAAGUGUAUUUUGUACAAGUUUGGUCAGUAGGGUUCCACCAGUGGAAUGUCUAACGAAUGUCACAACCAUCUAUGUUAUAAAAUAUAAAUGUGCAUCUAGGCAGUGCUGGGGGUAUUUCAGAGGUUUGAUAGGUUUGAACAUCUCAAUGCCACAUAGCAUGGAAGUUACAGUAACUAUAUAUAUUGCUAUAUAUUAUAUAUUUAUAUUUAUAUUGUGGCAGCACAACAAAGGGUGUUCAGCCUCUCUUCAUUGGGAAGCUUCAGUAUACGGCCAUGUGCAAAGGUGUCCCCCUGAAGAUACCACUUCAGUGACCAGGGGUUUUCUUGCUGUGACCCUAGGGGUAGCAAGAUUAUGCUCUCACCCUUUUUCCUGCAGUGACCCAAGGGGUAGCAGGCUGGGCAUGCACAUACAGAACAUAUGUAUUUUAAGGAUUAGUGUGACAUUGACUAACAUUCCAACCCUGAAAGAGUUAAUGUGAGGCUGACCAGCAUUCCAUCACUGAAAGGGUCAAUGUACUACUCUGCUAUAUUUUACUUUCCCAUAGAUUUACUUGCAGUGACCCAAGGGGUAACAGGCUGGGCAUGCACAUACAGAGCAUAUGUAUGGUAAUAACUCCUUCUACCCCUCAUUGGUUUCAUCUGAAGGGUAAGCGUUUCUUUCUGAUUUUAAAAUUGGAUAAUGUCUAUAGAUUUGCAGGAUGACUUUUUCCAUGUACCCAUUGCCCUACAUCACAAGAUGUUUCUCAGAUUGCAGUGGAAGAACACAAAUUUUUAUAUCUUCGUGGUGAAAGAUAGAUAUCUGCUGAAAUCACAUUGCUCCCUUCAGGGUAUAGCUGGGAACACGGUUCGCCACAGCCCAAGGCACAGUACAGCUCUCUGCAGAAAGUUCAGUAAGACUUAUCAAGUAAGUAAAGGAUGUUGGCUGUCCUAUUACCUCAGCAGAGAGAGCUUUGAUCCAGGUCCUCCACUAUAGUUCGAAUAAGAUGAGCACAAGGGAAAAGGUUAACUUUUCUAUAGAAAUGGCUUGGACAGUGAAAACUAUGAAUACUCUCUACUGGGGUUGAGGAACUUUUGAACGCUUUCAUAAAAGGAACAUCUUUAACAUCCAACACCUCUCUUCUGCGUAGGUUGCAAGGGCCAAUAUCAAUUAUCCUGAAAGUUCAAUAUUGGUACCCAGUUCAUGGUUUCCACUUCUGCUUAUCUUCUUCAUGGGAUCUCCCAAAAUAGUUUUUCCCUCCUCAUCAGGUCCAGUGCUACUUUCCUCAUUCUGAAGUUUUAGAAAUUGAAAAGAAAGGCUUAAAUAUAAGGGUAAAUUGGCUGCAGUAAUUAAUACUAUUCUGAAGGCCAGGGAAAAGUACAUCCUUGUGAUGAGACCAAUCUCGCCACUGUGCAUUGGAGGAGCCUGGUUGCCCGUCUGCUGCCUUUAGACUAUGGCCCCAUGUUGAAACGCUUGACUUUCCCCUGCGAAGACAUGAAAGCCCGGUCAUUCGGUGCUUGCCCUGUUUGAGCGGUGAUACCCCAGAUAGCUAUGCCAUGGAGCCCAUUUGUAUAAUGAAAUACUAUGGGAAAGACUUUGGCUCCAUGGCAAUUGAACUGUAUGUGUGUGCUCUGAGCGCCAUUCAGUAAUAAUGUGCGCUCAGAUCUGAGCUAUCUGGGGAUAUGUUGAAUGUACCUGUUUUGUGCAAUGGCUGCACAGUUAUAUGUUUUUAUGUGUUUUAUUGUCUUUUGCUGCCAUGUGUUCAGUGGAGUUUUGCCUCUGUCCUUGGAGAUAAUUGGAUUACUUCCCAAUUAUCUCCAGGAUAGAAGACUCUGUGGAACUGAUUUUGGGCAGAAAAGCCAUGCUUCCUUUGGUCAUAAAGGACUACAAUCUAUCUUUUGAACCACUGGACCAAUUUGGAUUAUUUUGACAAAUGUUUGUAUUUGAAGUAUGCUGAUUCUGAAAAUGUAAAUGUGAUGCAUGAAUAAUGUGGAAAAAUUGUAUUUCUCUGCUUGUGAUAAUUACAUUACCCAUUGUGUAAGGUAAUUGUAUCACAGGCAGAGGGGAGGAUUUUGUGUGGGAGUGUCUGAGUGUAUUGUAUGUGUUUAUUGGUUGUGUUCCAAAACCCUGUGGGUGGUACUAAUGUGUAAGAAUUUGUAUAUAAGAACAAUAAACCCACAGCUCUGUCUGUUCACUGCUUGACCAUCAACACGGAGCUUUGUCUCGUUCUUGGGGGGGAUUUAUUGUAUGCUGUUCCAGUUCGAUUGCUAGGAGUGUAAACCUUUCGUAUGGUUUGUCCUAUUCGGCUGUUUACAGCAUUCGUAUGGUUCCGGUUCGGCUGUUUACAGCAUUCACAUGCUUUUCCUGUUCGGCGGAUUGGUGUUCUGCAGUAGCUGUGCCUGUGUCUCUGGAAGGGAAGAUCUACUAAACGGCGGUUUAACCCUUUUAUGCCCUGGGGUGCCGUUACAAUCCUUAACUUCCUUUACAGAGUUGGGAUGCCUUUCUUCCUGGUCUAUUUCUAAUUAGGUGAUCAUUAAAAUUCCUUCUACCAAGGAGGUUCUAGAGUUCUUCAAUCCAGGACUCAUCUAGGAUAUCACUGCAGAAGUACAUGUCUCAGCACUCUCUGAUCUCACUUUUCAUAAAGGGGCUUUGAUAUGGAGGUGUCUAAAUAUCUGUCGGCUGUAUUUAUAUGAUCCCUCAGUAACCAUUUUUUACCCUUUGGAUUCUUCCCUGGUUCUGAAAUCUUCACCCCUUUUAACCAUGAGACUCUAUCUCUCCACAAUUGCUUAAUAUUAAGUUAGCUCUAUCGGUGACAUUAGAAACAGGCAGAAGGAUAUCAGAUAUUCAAGCACUAUUUUCACAAUAAAGAAUAAUCCUCAAAUCUGUUCUUGAAUUUAGGCAAUUUUAGUCAUAAAGUGACUUUUUCUCUCCGUAUUAAUGAACAAAUAAUUAUUUCAGCUCUAAAAGCCUGUUGAUUGGAAUAAAUACCCAGAAAUGAAACUUUCUCCUCUUGUCCUAGAUAAGUGUCUUAGGAUCUAAUUCUAUAGAUCGGCUAUCUAGCAUUCUUCUUCAUUAUCUUUCUUAAUGGACCAAGAGAGGUCUUCAUGCCUCUAUACAAGCCAUCAGCAGAUGGAUAGUCUUGGCUAUUUUCAGGCUACUAAACCCUAGGGGUUACUUUUUCAUAUACUUAUAAGGUGUGUGUGUGUGUGUUGUCACUUACAUUCAUAUUUUGGAAGUCUUGUGUACUUCUUUACCUCCCUUGGCUUGGGUAUUACCCAUUGUUGUGCUGCCAUUAAUAUGGCCAAGAAAAAGUAAAAUGUAUUCCUACUUCCUAACAUUUUCUUUUCCUGGUCAUAGGCCAUGGCAGCACAAAUAUCCCGCCCUGAGAUAUUGCUGGAAACAAGACUGAGGGUAGGAGGCGUUAUUUAUACUUUUUGUUUUAAUUAUGUUCCUGUUUAAUUAGGGAUAAGGAGGAGCUACCCAUUGUUGUUCUGCCAUGACCAGGAAAAGACAAUUACGGUAAGUAUCAAUACAAUUUCUUUUAUUUUGUUAUUCUAAAGGUCAGUUACAUGGACCACACAUUGUAUCUUCUGUGGUAGCUUUUACAUUUUGAUAAAUUUAAAAGCCUUAAAAAAAAAAAAUUCAAAAAAUAUGUAACAAUUUUUAAACAUUUGAGUAUCAGCAUCUCUCAACAAGACUAACGGCCAAACGCUGCAAAGGAAUGAUUUCUAAAAAGAUUUUAAAAAAAAAGUCUCAUAUUCUGUAAAAAGAGAACGAACGUACAGCAUGAAAAGUUGGUUGAGAGAAAAAAAUAUAUUUUUUUCCCUCUGCCAGUGAUAUUCCGUGUCUGACAGCAAUUUAGUCAAUGACUCUCGAUGAUGUCACUGGCAGUAAUACGCAUUUCAAGAGCCAUUGAAAGAUCAUCAUAGCAAAGGGAUAAGUAGUAAGCAUCUCUUCAUUAUUAUGACUAGCAGAUCAAUUCCACCCCCCCCAACAGCCAGCCAAGGUGCAACAGAAAUAGUUUAAGGAGCUUGUGUUUUACUGUCAAAUUCAGAUUUAAAAAAAACAAAAAAAACAUUCUUUACUGAAGAAUUUUAGACAAUUUACGCAUUUUAAAGAUAGCUGUGAAACACAAGCAAUAUGGAUGUAGCAGAGGUAGGCACCGCACCUUAACAAAAUUAGGGUUUGUAACAGAAUUUAACAGGGAUAGGUACACAAACACUAUUUGGGAUGAAUGGGAAUAACAGUGGGUUUUGAUUGAUCCCAAUUAUCAAAGUCUAAAAAAAUAAUCCAGAAAUCUGUCUGGUUACCCCGUACCUUGUCAGGGUCAAUCAAAUGAAACUCUCCUUGGUGGGAUAUUCUUCAAAUGUUGAUUUUUAUAACACUGCAAAAUAGGGUAAACCAAGCCAUAUCUAGAAUGUGACAAUAAUCAAAUAAUUAUUAACAUACAAAGAUAUCUAGAUCGUAAUCUAGGCACUAGACAUUAUCUUAAAUUGUAUCUUAAUCAAAUAAGAUUUAAGGGGUGACGUGAUGCUAGUUAUUCUUUAUGUUAUGGACUUUUUAAAAAAAAACUUUUGCGUGUUACUAUGUUGUUUUUUCAGUAACCCUGAGUUCUUGAGAAUUGACAGGGCAAUUGUUAAUUUAAAGGGUUACUUCACCAUCGUAACCACUACACCCAGCUAUAGUGGUUAUGAUUGUAGGAGUACCCUGGCGCAGUUCCCCAUUAAUAGAGCAACGCUUUUUACAAUGGUUUGUCCUCUCAUAUGGCAUUGCCGGGCACCGAAAGCCCCAUAAUGGUGACUGAACCUCAUUCUGGCUUCUGCAUUCAUUAGCUGAGAGUGCCAGCUGGUUGCUAACAGUCAAUAAUUGGAUUGGACAUCUGUGUGUAGAAAUAUGACGCCUCAAUGAUGCCGCUGGAGUUACAUCUCUGGCAGCAAAGGGGUUAAACUCUGUACAUGUAGGGAUCCAUGAAAAACAUUGCACAUACAGUCUCCAGGCACCAUGACCACUUCAAAUCUUUGAAGUAGGGUUGGUGCUUGAAACAAUCGUUUAAGGCCAAACAGACAAAUUGGGAAUAUUUUGUGCUAAAAGACACAAAUAUUCAAUUCUCCCCAAAAACAGCUAUAUCACUAGAAACUUAAAAUUGUUGCACAUUAAAAAUCAAAUUGCAAAAUGUUCAGUUCAGUAGGAAUUUUUUUCCAUUGUUUGUAAAAUUUUGCAAUCUGGUUUUCAAUUCAUUACAAUUCACCGUUUAGUAAAUAAAGUCCACUGCACUUUCAUUAAAAGGCAAAUUGUAGUAGAGAAAGACGAGAUAAAUGAAUUUGAGAUUGCGUGAAGUCUGCUGCAGACUCAAUUUAACAAAUAGUUUUUUUAACAAAACCCUGUGGGGUUUUUUUUUUGUUCUAUACAGAAUUUCACAAAAAUCUGAUUUAAUUGAUUAUGCUAUACAAUAACAAAACUCUAUUUUCUAUAAAUAUCUGAUUUAAUUUUGGAACAGCAAAUGAUUGGAUUGGAGAAAUCCAAACAGGAUAUAUUUUAACAUAUCAAUCGUAUCAUAUUUACAAAUUAAUAUGCACUAAAUAUUUUUUUGUGGGGGGGGGGGACUUUUUUUUUUUUUUCUGGAGACAAGCAGCUUUAUUCUUCCUAAUUCUCAGGUCUGUAUAUCAAUAGCUUGUUCUCAGAUGCUGGUUCUUUAUACCUGAUUUAGCUACAUCAAUUGACGCAAUGCCGAAAUGCCACUUAGAAAUAGAAAGUACAAGAGAUAGGGGAGCAGGAAUUACACAAUGCAGGAAAAAAAUAAUAUAUAUAUAUAUUUCUUCAUUAUUUUAAGCCCGACACAUCAGCAGGACCAUCAAGGAUACAGAAAGGGCUAUGGAUUGUGAAAUGUAGAAAACAGGUGCAGAAAUACAAUUAGCCAGCCCGUUACCAUGGCAACGACAGCGUGAAGGUACAGCGGAUAGCUAGGGGUUAAGAGCAGGCACUGAGAGUAUGUGUGAAGACGAUGAUGCUUAUAAAAAAAACACCUUACUGCUUGGGAGUGCAGGCAACUCACAUUUUAAUGUCUCCUUCAAAAAUGUUGAGAAUAGGAUAAAAGGUCAUGUCUUCCUUUAUACUUAUUUCUUUGUGUAACAUAUAUUUAGGCAAGAGGUGGUGCAUUUGAAUGGUUAAAUAAAUUAAUAUGUAUAGAGUGCAAGCUUCUCAGGCUAGUGAGAUCAUUUUUUUUAGACCGAUUACUUACAAUUUUGGCAUUCUGUUUUCAUAGGUUUUUUUUUUACAUUUGGUAAUUUUUGUCAAACCUGUAUUAAAGAAACACACCAUGCACUAUAGUAGUUAUGGUGCUAGGACAGCUCCCCCCCUUCCGCCCCAUUGUAAGCUUAAAGAAACCCUAGCAUUAGCUUCCGUAUCUCAAUACAGGAAGUGUAAAGUCAGGGACCGGCGCCUGGUGGACCCUAGAUUAUAAAUUAUAACGUAAGCAAACCGUUUAACUGCUUAAAUUUGAAUGGGGGUGCCAGGGCAUGUCUGGCACCAUAACCACUACAGUGCACUGUAGUGGUUAUGGUGCUUGGAGUGUUCUUUUAAGUGGUUCUAUAAAUAAACCACAGAGAUCCAUAGAGGCUGUAGACCCGAAGAAUGGAUUUGGUUCUGUGGCCAAGUGGUGUAAAUGACUUUCACCAUGUACUGUGAUUCUAAGCCAAGAACUAAUUAUUUUUAAUGUUGUUAUUAUUAUCACUAGCUUUUAUAGAGUGCCAACAUAUUUCACAGCGCUUUACUGUGCGAUAUAAAACGGCAAGUGGUCCAGAGACAAAUUAAUGUUGACAGACAGAUAAAAGAGGAGAAGAGAGCCAUGUUUAAACAAGCUUACUAUCUAGGAAUGAAUAUAUAUAUAUAUAUAUAUAUAUAUAUAUAUAUACACACACACAUUUCAAAUUAAAAGAACAGUCCACACCAUAAUCACUGUAGCCUGCUGUAGUGGUUAUGGUGCCAGGAGUACCUGGGUGCCCUCCCAAGGUAAGUAGUCAAAUCGUAUGACCGCUUACCUGGGGUCCUUUGGGUGACAGUCUCAGCCUCCUGCUGAGAUAAAGCAUUGGCUGAGAUCAUCAACUGCGUGCUUUCAUCUAAUGAGCUAAGCCUUGCAGUGGGCUACAGUGCUUGAAAUGUUCCCUUAAAGGGAACCCAGAACUUCCAGGGAUUCUAGUACUUCUCUUCAGUAUUUAGCAAAUCUAAGUUUGUGAAGUCUAAAAACUAUAACUAAACGUAAAAAUCCACACAACUGUGUUCAAAUCUGUCCGAGAAUGGAGUUCCUCCAUCUUGGCUUCCUUUCAUUCAUUGUUAUAGCUCUACCUGGCAGUCAGCACAGAGAGCAUUUAAAGGAGAAGUAGAAACAAUGUAUCUACUUAUUCCCCUUGAUUGCAAUGUGUGCCAUGGUUGUGCCAGGAUUAAACGCUCUGCAAUUUAUGUUUACCAUCUUCAGUAUUAUGUAUCCCGAUGCAAUUUUAUCUAACUGGUCCACCUGAUCAUUUCCAAUUUGUCUUAAUCCUCCCACCCCUCUCCAUUUCAUUCCCCUUUCUAUAUUGAUUUCCUUUUAACCUUUCCGUUUAACUUCCACUUCUUAUAGCGGUCCAUGUGACUCCUCCCAUCCUCGAUUUCCUUGGCUUUAUAUUCAACUAUAGAUGAAUCAGAAUAAUAUUAAUAUGUACCAUUUUUGCAAAAGUAAGGACAAAUCUUCACUUAUACAUGACUAACAAGUGUUCAAAAUAAUAUUUUAAUCAUAAAUUAUUUUUUUUACCUUAAUGUAUUAUUGUAUAGAACACCAUACAGUAAUAUAUUAAGUUACUGAACUCUAGUGCAAAUUUUCUACAUUUUUGGCCAAAAAUUUUAAAUUUACUUAAAAUUCCUGACAGUUCACACCUUAGUGAAUCACCCGGCUGGCUAAUGUUUGGCUUCCAUGCAUAUUUGUAGCCUUUUGCUAAAUAAUCAGGAGCUGAAUUUGAGAAUUGCUUGUACCCACCCCCACACACACACUUAGGGAUUCCAUAAACAUAAAGUCAGCCUUGGUCCGUAUCCAUAACCUCCCCCCCCCCUCCAUUGUACCAGGCCUAUAUUGCCAUCUUGGCACAUGUCAGCUGAAGACUAGGCUGCAAGCUCUUCAAAACAGAAGAUGCCUUUUGUGGAAAUGGGCUUAUCCGACACCAAACUGACAGCAUGCCUGUUUCUUGUUUCUCUGAUCACCGGUCCGCUAGUGCCCUCCAUCUCAUCCCAUUUAUUUUCCUUUUUUUAAAUUAAAUUAUCACAGAAAUCAGCUUUGUGUCUUAAUCAUAUAACACGCAGGUAAUUAAUAUACCAGUUUACAGAAUAUAAUGUCUGUGCUAUACCUUCAAGACACAUCCAAGAUAAAUCAGGCGUUUUUAAAAAUGCUAAAGUCUUCAAAAGCGAACACAAGGUACCAUCACUGGGGAAAAAGUAAACAAACAAAGGGCUUAUUUACUAAAUCGUAAAGUCCAUGGAAUCGCUCAGGGAAUUGCAAAUUUAAGGUCAAAAUAAAUAAAUUGGAGGGGGAAAUUAAUCUAAUUCCUUUAUUUUUCCAGCUUGCUUUUUUUAUUUAUUUUUUUUGACCGACAAAAUUGCAAUUCCCUCGAUGAUUCUCAUCUGUUCCGGAUUGAGCCAAUUACCCCUUUAAUAUAUUUUAAAACAUCUUGGCUGAACAAGAGAUAGAAUUCAAUCUGCUGUCUUUAUUGUUUCUCUGGUGGUAGGAAAGCUAAGUGUUAACAUGCAGAUGGAGGCCAGCAAUGAGCAUGCCGUAUAGCAAGCGCAGUAGGGUUGGUGGAAAAGCAGCCCUGGACUGUGUGUAUUGCUGCAGUCUUAUGUCUCAGUGUAUUUUAAUGGAAUAUCUCUUGCUCUAUGGGAAAGGAGCUAAAAAUAGCCCAUGUGAGUCUCUCGGGGGCUUUUCAUUCUGUGACAGUGAAUUGCUGGAUCCACACUGUAUGCAGAGAGCUUCAACAGGGGGGAAUAAAAGCAUAUAUUCCCAAUGACACCUUCAUUUAUUCCUGCAUUAUUUCAGAUUAUAUUUAAAAUGACAUUUCCCCCAAAUUAAAUUUAAAAAAAAAGAGCAAGCCUUUUUUUUAUUUUAUUUUCGUUUUUUUUUUUUACAUUUUAUUUUAUAUUUAUUAUCAUAUUUUUUGUUUUUGUUUUUUCUGAUACCCAUCCCCCUUCGGCUCUACAAAGAAAUAUAUAUUUUUCCUUCUUCUUUUUGCUUUUCCCCCCCACCCCCCCACAAUUUUUUUCUAGACAUGAAUUUACAGUGGGGAUGUUCAGGGAUCUGUGGAGGUAGAGGAGUCGGUGUGUUAAAUGAAGAGGCAUCUUCACCAAGAUUACAGCGAGACGCCUUCCAGGUGAGACCAACAGCCCCAUCACCCUGUAACAUAACCAGGGGGGUCCCAGCAUGGAUAUAUGUGCCAGGAGCGAGGAGGGGGAUCAGGAUCUGCCGAUACAUAGUGCUUACAAAAACAUUGAUUAAAUAUAUUUAUGAAUAAUUGUGUGUCUAUAUGUUUGUAUAUGUGUGUGUGUGUGUUGUAAAAUAUUUAUAUAUUGCAUGACAAUUCAUGACACCAAUCACACGAAAGUGCCACACAUUACAACACAACCAAUUGUAGUCAAUUAUAUUGUAUUGUGUUUGUUUUUAAAAUUUUUGCUCUUUAUAGUAAUGGUUUAAUAUGAUGGCUAUUUUUACACUGCUUGAUAUAAUUAGCCUUUUUCCCUGCACUUCUAAAAUAUCCAGUGGAAAUAUAUAUAUCCAUAUUUGUAUUUAUAGGUUAUAUAUAUUGAUGAUUUUAUUUAUAACGCUCCAACGUAUAGAUAUAAUGUAUUUCUCUAUUUAUAUCUGAGCUCUAUCUUUCCUAUCAUAUGUGUUUUCUGCCUCUGAUGACCUAAGAAGUGAUUUAGUAAAUUCUACCAAAAACACGGUUGUUUUGGCCAGGAGUCGUUCUGUAGGGAUUAGAAUAGAGAUGGGUAGGAGACAAAUAUGGAAUCGUAUGGGGGUUGGGGGGGACAGAGCGACCAUAAGAAAUGGCUCCACCCCUUUUAUUUUUAGAAUCAGAAAAAAAAGGGUGUUUCAUAAUUUGCACAAAAUGGAUUAAUACGUGGGUCUGUGUCAGCCUCAUGCUAAGCAAUAAGGCACAUACAAGUUUACUACAAUGCAAACGAGCACUGGCGGUGUAGAUCCCCGGUCUGUAAUAAACUAUUUCACUCUGCGCUUCUUCAGCUAAAAAUAUCGUUUAAUAUGAUCCUGCUGUCAUGACAUCCAUGCUUUUUUGGGGUAUUGUAGGUCAUAUUAGAACAUAUAGAAUGAUAACUGAUGGGAAACGUACACAAUCAAACCAAUUUAAAGGGCUUAGCCAAUCUUCACUUGCUACUGGACUGUGACUCCCAUCAAUCUAUGAGUUGCUAGUGCUAUAGUUCAAGGGACGUUGGAAGAUUUGCAGAUCGAGAAACCAGGUAACUCCCAUCAGGCUUAUCCAUUUGGGAGGAGCAGUCCACAUUGCUGUUGAGGGGCAUCCUACCCCAUAAACCUAACCUUGCCAUAUAAAGUAGAUAAGGAUAGUCAUUAUUAAUAUCAAAUGUAUCCAAUAAACAGCCGAAACUCUCCGAUGGGGCUUUGGUAUGAAAAUAGUGGGAUGUCAAAGCACUGAUUGCGGAAUGGACACGCCUUCUCGAGACUCCUAAUUACACACACAAGCAAAUUAAUCCUGUGCCUGAACACCUUUUUAUAUCCAUCUCAUUGGAUACGAAAGACGCAAAACAUAUUGUGGAGAAAUAGAGAGCUGGUCCUUCGGGAUUAAAAGAGCGAAUGAUAAAAAAAAAAACCUUGGUAGAGAAGUGAAAAACCCCCUUGAGAACGCAAGCCCAGAUAGCAAAAUUUUCAAUUACACAUUUGUGUUUUUCUUUUAAUAUACAGAAUGUCUAAUAAGACUUGUUUUUUCCACUCUUGUUAGCUGUAGAUUCGGUCCUUGUCUCUCACUGUUCUGUCGCUUGCAAUCUGUAAAAGUAAGGGGGGAAAUAGCAUUUGCAUAGCACAGUGGCAAUAAGAAAUCAUUUGAAUUGGUAAUAGGAUGGCAUCUUUGAACCAAUACUCCUAUUCUAUGUGAGCAGUCACAAUAUCAAACCACCACUUUGCUUAGUGAGAAGCGGCCCUCAAUUGAGCACGAAGUAUUUAAUCAUAGAAGCAGGUGUACAUCGAACAUAAUAACUAGUUAAUCAGAGGAAAGGUACUCAGUUGAACAUUCUGACUAGUUAAACAGAGAGAUGGCCCUUGGUUGAACAUAAUAACUAGUUAAUAAAAUAAGCAGCUCUCGAUUGAACAUAACUAGCUAAUAAAUGAAGUGGCUCUCAACUGAAUGUGAUAACUAGUUGUUCAUCGAGAAGUGAUUCUUGUUUGAACAUGUCAACUAUUUAAUCAAAGAAACAUCUCAUAAUUGAACAUGACAACUAGUUAAUCAAAUAAACAUGAUAACUAGUUAAAGAGUUACUCAGAGCACGCUGUAAGUGGUUUUUAUGGCAUGAGAGCUCUGGUGCCGUUCCUCAAUAAGGGGACAAACCAUUUUGUCUCUUACCUGGGUUCCAUUAAGCACCAAAUCUUCUCUAAUGCUGGUUGAACCAGCAGACAACUAUUCAAUAGCUGAGGCGGGUAUUAGCUGACCGCUCUUGUCCAAUGAAUGAAUCUCUCUCCAAGGAUUAUGCACAGAAUUAAUAUUAGCUUGCCCGCAGCUCUCGUUGUGGCCUAAUUCAUUACGCUGCCAAAGGCAAAGGUUCCAUUUGAUAUAAAAUGUCCAAGUAUGUGCAGCAAUUCAUAACAAAACGUACAUACAUAGUUCUUGCACAAUGACACUUCAAAACACUGAAGUGGUUAUAGUGCUGGGAGUAAAUAGUUAAUCUUAUCUGAAUGUGAUAACUAGUUAAUUAGCUUAGCUGCUCUGUAUUGAAAGUGAUAACUAGUUGAUCUGAGAAGUGACUCUAGACUGAAUGUGGUUAGAGAAUUGGCUCUCGGUUGAACAUGAUAAUUAGGAAAUGAGAAAAGAGGCUCUUGAAUGAACGCAGCGCCUAGUUAAUCAGGGAAGAGGCUGUAAAAUUUCAAGCUUCCCCAUUUUGGUAGAAAUUUUUAAUUUGGAUUUUGAUCCAAUGAUAAUUCACUGUUUAGUAAAUACACAUCUUGUGACUCUUUGUUGCACAGGUGGUGAAUGUCUAAGAUCACCUGUCUUUGGUGGAAAUUAAGUAACAGCCGUCAAUGUUCUCAGACAACACUUUCAAUUUCUUUAAGCUCUCUCUUCCCUUUAUUCUUUGACCAAUUAUCUUAUUUGUUCCCUUAUCCACAAUUUUCUUCCCCUCCAUUAAUUCCUGCAUCUCAGUCCCGCAAUCCAUUUUACAUAACUCACAACAUUUUAUAUGGACACAAAGGAACACUUUCAUUUUAGUGGCUUGCGUCCAGGGGCAGUGCUGUUCUGAGAGGUUAUAGCUGACUAACUAAUAAUUUUUUUAACUAAAAUGUAAUUUAUAGCAAGAACAAUGUAUCUUAUUUACACAGACUGAUUUCUAGACACUUUUAGUGUAGUUUAAAGGAUCACUUUAUAAUCCUUAGGUCCCCCCCACCCUCAGGGCCCCCUCCACCCCCCCGGUGCCAACGUCAGCUCAAGAAUAGAGUGGAAUGCGCAAGCGCGGCAAGAGCUCCGCGCGCAUUCAAACAUUCCAUAGGAAAGCAUUACCCAUCCAGUGUCGCAGAAACGCCUCUAGCAGCUGUCAGGAAGACGGCCACUAGAGGCUGGAUUAACUCUGCAAUGUAAACAUAGCAGUUUCUCGGAAACUGCUAUGUUUACAUCUGAAGGGUUAAAACCUGGGGGACCUGGCACCCAGACCACUUAAUUGAGCUAAAGUGGUCUGGGUGACUAUAGUGUCCCUUUAAAGACACAUUACUAGUAGUAUUAUUGCUGGGGAGCUUUGUUAUACACCGAGACACAUUACUAGGAGUAUUAUUGCUGUGGAGCUCUGUUAUACACUGAGUCACAUUCCUGGGAGUAUUAUUGCUGUGGAGCUCUGUUAUACACUGAUACACAUUCCUGGGAGUAUUAUUGAUGUGGAGCUCUGUUAUACACUCAGACACAACAACAAUAUGGAGCUCUUAGAAAAGAGGGACAGAGGGAUUUGGGCCCAAAAUAGUGACUGUCCCUCCUAAAUAGGGACACUUGGGAGGUAUAAUAUUCACCAUUUGACUCAUCCUUGGUGUUGUUGGUUAGUGGGUAGUUUCCACAUAUGUGGCCAUCCAUGGGAUUGCAGAGCCCCUUGUUUGUGCUGUGUGCUUCUAGGUAGCAAACCUCGAUAUGCUAUUACCAUCCACGCAUGUACUUGUGAUUACAGGAGGCCAUGAAGAGCCUCUCGCAACAUGUUCCUUACAUUGAUCCUGUGAACAGAGGCUAUAGAGAAAAAUGUACUUGUGACAAGCAGAGUAUUGAGUAGCUGUAAUGUAAAGCCUUCUCUAUAUUUAUUUUUGCGUUUAAAGCAUGGAAAAGCAUUAAUAUAUCAUCGAGUCUGGUGCUGAUGAAAGUGGUAUAGAGCUGGUUUACAAAUUUUAAUUAUAUGACCUGGCAUAUUGCUGUGUACCAAGUUAGCAGGUAUUCUCUCCUACAAUACGUACACCCUUCUCCUCCACAAUAUCAACCUCCUUCUCCCCUAAAAUAUCAGCCCUGUGUCCUGUACAUUAUCAGCCCCCAUCUCCUGUACAUUAUCAGCCCCACGACCCCCAUACAAUAUUAUCUUCCGUCUCCCCUACACUAUCAGCCUCCAUCUCCUGUUCAGUAUCAUCCUUUGUCUCCCCUACACUAUCAGCCCCCGUGUCCUGUGCAUUAUCAGUUUUAUGUUUCCUGUACAAAAUCAGCCUCCUUGUCCCCUACAUUAUCAACGACAUGUCUCCCGUAAAAUAUCAACCUCCAUCUCCCCUUCAGUAUCAGCCUCCAUCUCCCGUACAUUAUCAGCCCGUCUCCCGUACAAUAUCAGCCCUGUUUCCUGUACAAUAUCAGCCCUAUCUCCCGUACAAUAACAGCCCUGUCUCCCGUACAAUAUCAGCCCCGUCUCCCGUACAAUGUCAACCCAUCUCCCGUACAAUAUCAGCCCUGUUUCCUGUACAAUAUCAGCCCUAUCUCCCGUACAAUAACAGCCCUGUCUCCCGUACAAUAUCAGCCCCGUCUCCCGUACAAUGUCAACCCAUCUCCCGUACAAUAUCAGCCCUGUUUCCUGUACAAUAUCAGCCCUAUCUCCCGUACAAUAAGCUCCGUCUCCCGUACAAUAUCAGCCCUGUCUGCCCUCCGUCUCCCGUACAAUAUCAGCUCCGUACAAUAUCCCCUGUCUCCCGUACAAUGUCAACCCGUCUCCCGUACAAUGUCAACCCGUCUCCCGUACAAUAUCAGCCGUGUCAUCCGUACAGUAUCAGCCCUGUCAUCCGUACAGUAUCAGCCCUGUCUUCCGUACAGUAUUAGCCCCCAUCUCCCGUACAAUAUCAUCCCCCGUCUCUGUCUCCCCUACAGAAUCAGCCCCGUCUCUUGUACAGUAUCCACCCCUGUCUCCUGUACAGUAUCACCCCCCGUCUCCUGUACAGUAUCAGCCCUCGUCUCCCCUACAGUAUCAGCCCCCAUCUCUUGUACAGUACAUAUAGUUGUUCUGCCAUGAUGGAGAGGCCCUGGUCUCCUGUGCACACUCUGCACUUUAGGGCAUCACUCCAGAUGCAGAACACAACUGCCCUUCCUCCAUUAUAUGACAUGACCAAAGCUUGCGUCACAUGCGGCUCUAAUGGGAUGAUGCAAUUAUUUGUACUCAUCCUGGACAAAUACUUGGACAAGUGAAUGGGAAAGUGUCACUUACCCAUAUGAUAUAAGUGUGGCAUAAAGUGUAGUCUGGGUGUUGGAAAGAGAGAGGCUAAAAAAAACUGCAUUUGUUUCCUUUAGAUAUGAUAGCUCUUUACAGAUAUAUACAGGAUCAGUACAAAGCUCUAUGUGCUAACCGAUCAUUAACUGGAAAAUACAACAGACAAGAGGUCACCCAUUUAGACUGGAAGAAAGGCGUUUUCACUUACAGCAGAGGAAAGCGUUCUUCAGAGGAAAGUGUUCAGUAAGAACAAUCAUUUUUUCCCUUUUUCUGCUAUUAUUGGCCAUUGCUUCAAAUUGUUUUUUAUUUGCCUUCCUUUGAAUCAACUGCAUAAAAAGAUAUGUUUACAAGGUUGAACUUGAUGUACUGGGGUCUUUUUUGAACCUAGGUUACUAUGUAUCUAUGUUUCGGGAAGCUGAAGUGGUCCUGGUGAUAGGCGUGUCCAUUUAAAAAUGGCAGUGUGUUGCAGGAUAUAACAGACACCAAAUAUGGGAUUUUAGGAGAUUUUUAUUAAGGUAACCCUGCAUCACAGAAUAUUUAUUUUGUUACUUGUGGCAGAACAUUUUCCUGUGGUCUAUGGAGUUAGUUCUGCAAGAAAGGAAAUGGAAAUUUGUAUUUGAGAUGAUGUUAACUACAUUCCCACAAGAUAUUCCGAUGCAUGACACAGCGGGAAUCACCAUCGAGUCUUCUGCUGAAUCUUUUUCUAUUGGUCAUAAGUUUAUACCCAAGGUGGUCACUCCUGUGGUCUAUUAGUUUGUAAUACAAAAGGGGCAAUUCCACCUUCAGUAAAUAUGCUGAGAUUCUCACUGUGGUUGAGGUUGUCUCAACAGCAGGAAGGAUGUAUUCAUGGCCAGCAUUCCAAAUGUUUACCAAUGAUGUGCACUUUGCAUUGGCAAAUCAACCAGCAUGAAGGCUGUUCUGUAGGACAUCCUUCUGGCACCCUCUGGAAUGAGUCACAGUGUGACAUAAUUGGCCAAAAAUGUUUUGGUAGUUCUUAGCAUGGCAGGAUACCUGUUGGAUAAAUGUGGUGACAAGGCCUUUAGAAGACUAGGUACCCCCCUCAUAAAACUAAAAAUAGACGGUUGAUCUUGUGUGCAAUCCAGCACUGGGCGAAGCUCUCAGAACUCCCUUCCAUGCCCUGUCUGACAGCAACAGUGCCCUUUUGUGGUCCAUAGGAGAAGCAUUUGAUUAGACUGCUUGCCCGGCUCGUAGUGCAUGUGCGGAAGGGACUGCUUAGAGGGAGAGAAUGCUUCCAUUUGCAGGAGUGCUGCCUUCAAAGGAGAAGACAACGGUGUUAGUCACCAGCGCACUGACGACACACGGAAAUUUUGCACAGAAUUCAUAUUAGGCGUUGGGGCUAUAACUAGCACCAGCACAAACGUGCAGAUAGCUCAGUGCGUGCAGCAUUUCUGCAUGAACAGACUCUUGCCACCAUGACCACUUCUAAAAGCAGAAGUGGUCAUGGUAGUUGAAGUAACACUUGACGUCUUCUUUUUUUUAAUGUAAACUUUGUUGUCAAGAAAAACGAACAAACAGAGUACAUGUAUGAGUUAAAUGUCAUAUCUUGUUGUAUGAAGUCAUGCUUUCUAUUGAUCAAAGAUAAAUUAAUAAUUUUCCAUUAGAAAUGUUAAAUUUCGAUUCUUGUUUACAGAUAUAUGUCUAGCUUAAAUGACUCGUACAAUAAUUGCUAAUUGAAGGAAUGAAUGGCUGUAGAUAAGGCUUUAGAGUCCUAUAACUGUUUUAUAGAAUAUAUUAUUGAGUUGCGGACAGGUUGGGUACUGUUAUUGCUAUGGAAACAGUUUGACUUUUAUGAACAAUACGUCAUGCGAACACUUUAACUAAUCCUUCCUGACCUACCACAAGAAGCGUUUGGAAAUAUCCGAUGUACUCAUCCAAAUAGACCAAUGUCUUGUAUUGCACUUUUUGUAAGAACAAACAACAGUUAUAAUGGCAUGUUACCUAAAAUAUCUAUAUAUCAUAAAGUCUGACAUUAGUAAAAACAUAUUAAUUGUUGUAAAUUUAACUUUAACAUUUGCCUCCUAACUCUGACUGCACCACCCAUGGCUGAAUGUUGGGAUAUAUUGAUUGAUGUGGAACUCACGGGGGAGUGGGUGAGAAAAGGGGGUAUAAUAGUCCUAAAUGCAUACGUUGCGGGCAUCUGACAAGCAGGUCGCCAAACAGCCAACCAGAACUUCACCUGUACAGGACACUAUAGGAGUAGUAUAGUAAUCUGCCGAAUUCAUAGGAUCAUUCAUUGAUGUGUUUAGAUUGCCCAUGAGAACAGGGGUCACCAGAGAUCUAUCUCAAGACAGCGGGGCACGAUUCUUGAAUCAUUACUCUCCUACUAUCAGAUUCAUCCUGUAGUCUUCUUAGUUUGUAUAGCUGCCGUCCUGUGGGCAAUAGCUCCUGCCUCCAUUCUCAAAACCCACCUUACUCUGUGAAGGUAUGGGAAACUUCUAUAUGCAUUUGUGAAUUUUUAUUUCUGGAAAUAUUAGUUAAUAAGAUAUAUUUGGACGCUCUACCACGAAAAAGUAGACUAGAACUUGGUUGUUAAAGUUCCAUUCUGCCCUGAUCCUAUACAUUUGGCAAGUAGAGUUAAGUUUACUAUACUGCAAAAUCUUAGAUCUAAUGGAGGAGUGGGAAUUCCCGACUUUAAGAAAUAUUACUAUGCCUCCAAUGCGGCCUCUGGGCUUAAGUUUAAUUUAGAAACGCAAUGUCCUAGUUGGUUGGAAAGUGAGGCGGACAAUUUGCACGAUCAGGUCAUCCUCCAGUCUAUCUAGAGCUAUGCCUUUAUCAGCUCUACAACACUAUUUACCACAAAUUGACCUAAAUUAUUGGCAUAUGCCUUUGAUUCAUAAUUUGACAGAUUUUAUUUCGGGAAACUCUAUAAUGUCUUUUGAGAAAUUACAAUCCAAAUUUAACUGAGACAAUUUUAUUAAUUCGGAAUAUAAUAUGUGUAACGGAUCACCUGGCACCCCGACUGGGUACCUCCGUUGAAGGAUGCUCCUAGUGCUUCCUGAGGGCUCCAAGCACUCCAGCCGACACCAUAACCACUGUAGACUCCUUCAGAGAGCAAGACUGGAACAAGCUCUUUAAAGAGCUUUGAAGUGAUUAUCCAAGGGAGCAUGCAGAACAUAGCAAUCCCUUGUAGUGAUAUAGCAAUUCCUCCAAUAAGAGACAGGACUCUAGAUUGAGGGUGAAGAAGAACUGUCUGUACUGGCACAUACAGCCUCUUUUAUUCACAUUCUACAAACAUAGUACUGCCCACAGGGUUUUGAAGAACAACCAAUCAACACAUUACAACACAGCUAACACUCCCAUUCAUUACAUCAGUGUGGUGAAACCGACCUCGCCACUGGGCAUUGGAGAAGACUGAUUGCCAGCCUCCUGCCAUGUGACUAUGGCCCCUGGGAUGUAUUGCCCUUUAAAGACAUUAUUUGGGCUUAUUGAUUUUCAAAACACUUUUUCUGCCCCUUUGAAUACAUGAGAAGGUGUGCCCCUCCCCCAUUUCCUGUCUAUUGUUCUCCAGCAGGGCGUUGUCCCAGGGACACUGCCAGACCAGUUGGAACUUGAUGCUAGACUUAAACCCCAUGGCGAUUUGACUGUGUUUGUGGGAUCUGGGCGCUGUUUGGAUAUAUUGAGCGCUCAGAUCCAAGCCAACUGGGGAUAUGUUGAAUGUACCUGUUUUAUGCAAUAGCUGCACAGUUAUAUAUUUUUAUGUAUUUUAUUGUAUUUUGCCACCAUGUGGCUAAUGGAGUUUUGCCUCUGUCCUUGGAGAUAAUUGGAUUACUUCCCAAAUAUCUCCAGGAUAGAAGACUCUGUGGGAGUUUUGGGCAGAAAAGCCAUGCUUCAUUUGGUCACAAAGGACGUUGAUCUAACUUUUGACCCACUGGACCAAUUUGUAUGAUUUUGACGUAUGUUGGUAUUUGGAGUAUGCUGAUUCCUUUUAUUUUCCCUGCAGAAAGGCGUAUUCGUGCCUUUCUGCCAGGGUAUUCGGUAGAUUCAAUCUACCGAACCAAGUACCGAAUGAUGGACCACGUGGGAACUGGAGUGUGCCGUCAAUUGACCGCCCAGAAGCUGCGGUUAACCACAGCUAAAUUGACAAACGCUGGGUGGCCUUUGUUCGUUUGCCGAACACGUGGCAGCGGCCAUUGUAACUCCCGAACGGCCAGCGGUGUGCAGCGCCCAAACUAUGGAACUGGAAACGGACACUUAUUUGCGCGAACCACGCUGCGCUGCCAGCCUCCUUACCUCUGCAUUCGGUAGUGGAACCGAAUGACUGUUCAUUCGGUAGUUUGACCAUAUGAACAGCAUCACCCCAGACAGCUAUGCCAUGGAGCCUAUUCGUGUAACGAAAGACUAUGUAAAAGACUUUGGCUCCAUGGCAAUUGAACUGUAUGUAUGUGAUCUGAGUGCAAUUCGGUAAUAAUGUGCGCUCAGAUCUAAGCUAUCUGGGGAUAUGUAGAAUGUGUGUGUUUUAUGUGAUAAAGGUAACCGUGUGUAAUUUUAUGUCUUUUUACUGAAAAUGUGUGUAAUGGAGUUUUGCCUCUGUCCUUGAAGAUAAUUGGAUUACAUCCAAUUAUCUCCAGACCAGAGAGGAGGGAUUGUGAUGCAUUGUGGGAUGGUUGAAAUGUGUAAGUCUGUGAUUGGUCCUUUUACCCUUUGUGUCCCAGUCUUCCAUCUGGUCCCCUAGGGGAGUGUCCACCAGGUGGGAUACCUGCAUAAAAGCCAGGCAGGUAGCCCCAGUAAACCAGUUCUGCUUGACCCUCAAACGAAGUGUCGUCUCGUUCUUGGGGGAUUUGGAUUGUAUGCUGAUUGCCAGGAGUGUAAGCUGAGUGUAUGCUUUUCCUGUUCGGCUAUUUCCAGUGUUCGUGUGUUUCCUGUUCGGGAGUUAGAGGAUUUGUGUAGUUUGCAGUUCGGGAGAUUGGUGCUUACAGUAGCUGUCUGUGCAUCUGAAAGGGGAAUAUUUACUAAACGGCUUUAACCCCUUUUAUGCAUGGGGGUGCCAUUACAGACCUCACAGACUGGUCCUGGGAAGACCCACAGAUGGCAGGUGGAGAUGGGACUGCGGUCUCUCUACCGGCCCUACAGGGAUACUGGGCGGUCGACCCAGAUCCCCAGCGGCAGUAUGUAUCACAGGGAGCUAAAGGUGCCGUCCUUCCUCCCCAGUGGCAGAGUGUGUCCUUAGGAAAGGAGAAAGUUAGGCCCUCUCCUCAGCAGUCCAGUGAGUCCCAGGGAACCAAGGUGCCGUCCUUCCUCCCCAGCCGCAGUAUGUGUCACAGGGAGCUGAAGGUGCCGUCCUUCCUCCCCAGCGGCAAUGUGUCCUGCAGGGAGCAAAGACAGUCGGUCUCGCUCCCCAGCAGCAGGACAAUAUAUUGAAAGGGGAGACAGUCAGUCCCCCUCUCCACCAGCAGAGAGAGUGUCAGGGAGAGGAGCUUGUUACCCCCUCUCCCAGCGGCAGCGUAGCCCACCAAGGGGAGACACUAAACUCCCCACUGGUGCACAUGGGACCGUGGUCUCUGCGCCCAAGCUACAGGGAGUACAGACAGAUGGUCCUGCUCCCCAGCCGCAGAGUAUUCUACCCGGAGGGGAGAGCCUCGUUCCCCCUCCCCAGCGGCAGCCUAGCCCACCAAGGGGAGAUGAUUAGCCCCACACCGGUGCAGAUGGGACCGUGGUCUGUGUGUCCAAACCACAGGGGGUAGGGACGGUUGGUCCUGUCCCCCAGCAGCAGGGCUGUUUAUCCAAAGGGGAGACAGCCUGUAUUCCCCUCCAGCAGGAACACCAGGUCCAGAGGGAGGAGCCUACUAACCCUUCUCCUCAGCUGGGCUCCAACCAGCUACUCCCAUGGUAGCGCUGGCACCAGGGCAGAGUACCGCUGGUCUCUGCCCACUCAGCAACCCACCGAUCCGGAAAGGCUAGUACCCACCAGAGCCGUGGUGGAGCCCCUGGACAUGGACAAGCUACCCACUACCCCAGGUGGAGUAACCAAUUCUUGUGGGUGGGCCACUCUGUUGAUUAUGUUUUGUGGGUGGGUUGCUGGACUAACCAAGGCACUGACUGACAGGAGUUCAGAUACCUUGUUAGUCUUUUUGGGAAAGGGGAGAAAUGUGGCGAAACCGACCUCUCCACUGGGCAUUGGAGAAGACUGAUUGCCAGCCUUCUGCCAUGUGACUAUGGCCCCUGGGAUGUAUUGCCCUUUAAAGACAUUAUUUGGGCUUAUUGGAUUUUGAAACACUUUUUCUGCCCCUUUGAAUACAUGAGAAGGUGUGCCCCUCCCCCGUUUCCUGUCUAUUGUUCUCCAGCAGGGCGUUGUCCCAGGGACACUGCCAGACCAGUUGGAACUUGAUGCUAGACUUAAACCCCAUGGCGAUUUGACUGUGUUUGUGGGAUCUGGGUGCUGUUUGGAUAUAUUGAGUGCUCAGAUCCAAGCCAUCUGGGGAUAUGUUGAAUGUACCUGUUUUAUGCAAUAGCUGCACAGUUAUAUAUUUUUAUGUAUUUUAUUGUAUUUUGCUACCAUGUGUUCAAUGGAGUUUUGCCUCUGUCCUUGGAGAUAAUUGGAUUACUUCCCAAUUAUCUCCAGGAUAGAAGACUCUGUGGAACUGGUUUUGGGCAGAAAAGCCAUGCUUCAUUUGGUCACAAAGGACGUUGAUCUAACUUUUGAUCCACUGGACCAAUUUGUAUGAUUUUGACGUAUGUUGGUAUUUGGAGUAUGCUGAUUCUGAAAAUGUAAGUGAAUGUGAAUGUGAUACAUACUUUUAAAGUUAUGAAUAUUGUGUAAAACUGUAUAUUUUCCUGCCUGUGAUAAUUAUAUUAACCCAUUGUGUAAGGUAAUUUUAUCACGGGCAGAGGGGAGGAUUUUGUGUGGGAGUUUCUGAGUGUAUUGUACGUGUUUAUUGGUCAUCAUACAAAUUGGUCCAGUAGGUCAAAAGUUAGAUCAAAGUCCUUUGUGACCAAAUGAAGCAUGGCUUUUCUGCCCAAAACUGGUUCCACAGAGUCUUCUAUCCUGGAGAUAAUUGGGAAGUAAUCCAAUUAUCUCCAAGGACAGAGGCAAAACUCCAUUAGCCACAUGGUAGCAAAAGACAAUAAAAUACAUAAAUAUAUAUAACUGUGCAACUAUUGCAUAAAACAGGUACAUUCAACAUAUCCCCAGAUAGCUUAGAUCUGAGUGCACAUUAUUACUGAAUAGCGCUCAGAUAACAUACAUACAGUUCAAUUACCAUGGAGCCAAAGUCUUUCACAUAGUCUUUCGUUAUACGAAUGGGCUCCAUGGCAUACCUAUAUGGGGUAUCACUGCUCACAUAGGGAAAGUACCGAAUGACCUGGCUUUCGGGUCUUUGCAGGGGGAAAUCAAGCAUUUCAACAUGGGGCCAUAGUCACAGGGCAGGAGGCUGGCAAUCAGUCUUCUCCAAUGCCCAGUGGCGAGGCUGGUUCCGCCACAAUAUGAUUAUUGACAUACUGAAAGAAGGUAUGACUAUUUUUGCCCUGGACCAAAGAUUUGAUACCUUGGAAAUCUCUAAUUUAGAAACGAUUUAUCUCUUUGAUCCGGGCAGAAGACUUACCAUAUCCUUUUGCUACUCAUGUGUCAUGCCUAAUCUCUAACCUCAUAACAAAAACAAAAUACAUGCUGGCAUGGGAAAAGGAUUUGGGGUUUCAAUAUAAACUGGAGGACUGGCUUGGUUUCACCACCUCUCUCAAAGGCAUAACACAAUGUUCUGGUCACUUAGAGACUCAAUUAAAGAUUGUUUAUCACUGCUUUUUGCCCCCUUCUAGGCUACACAGAAUGGAUCCUGUAAUCUCGAAUACAUGCUGGCGUGAUUGUGAUAUGAUUGGCUCUUUGUCACGUGUUUUGUGGUACUGCCCUAAGCUUAAAGAGUUUUGGAAAAAUAUUCACUCACUAAUUAAGCAAGUAGACCUGUCUAAUUCCAUAUUUACUUCAGAAUUGGCAUUAUUCAAUAGGUUCCCUGAUAACAUGCGUAAGGUUGAUAGAAUCAUUAUAGGACAUAUAUUGAUUGCUGCCACUUCUAUUAUUCCAAGACAAUGGAAACAUUCAACUAUGCCUUCGAUAAAGGAACCAUUAUAUACCAUCAUAGAGAAUUAACAAUACUAUUAAACAACUGUCUACAUUUACAGAUAACCUAAAAUAUUAUUGGGAUAUAUGGGAGGAAGAGAUUUUUAUAAGAUUUUCUUUAAAACCCUGAAAAAAAGUAAUUACUAAUUCUAUAGCCAUUUCGGAGAUAAUAUACAACUACACCUUGGUUUUUCCAUUUGGUAUUACCUGUACCAAAUGCAUUAUUGUUAUUAAUGCUUACUAGACAAUUCAAUUAUGACUAUAUUAAUCUGGAUGCACAUUUUUUCCUUUCUUUUUUUUUUUAUUUAUCCACCCUUUUCCUUCCAUUUUACAUUUUAUUUUAAUUCUUUUAACAUUUUGUUUUAUUAUCAUUAUUGUUAUUUUAAAAAAAUUAAAAAUGAUUCAAUAAAAUAAUUUGAAAAAAAUAAAUAAAAGAAUAGUAUUAUGAUAUAGCGGGAGUAACCAAUUCCCCCGGUGCGUCUAGACAGGUGACUUGGCUAAAGUAAUAUACAUAUGGAUCUUAGCUGGGGUAAGGCAAUGUUUGUUAUUAAUUCCCAGAGAAUAAGAUUUUGCAGUGGAUUUUACCAUUGAAUCUUUUUUUCAAAUCAUGCGUUUUCCAGAUGUCCAGGCAAUGUUUACAGCUUGCUUGUGAUUUCUGUACAAAUAAAAGCAGGAUGUAAGGUAACAAUGAGUAUGAACAAAAAGCUCAGGUCCCAAAUAAGAUUUAGAUGACUUGUGCCAAUACAGAGUCACAAGAGACUGAUCCCACCAUGAUGGGAAUCUGGAAACGAGAACCAGGCUGCUUCUUUCUGCAUGACUGGUACAUGGAUUCCAACACAAUUGUUUUGGUGUUUAUUAGGCCUCAUCAGAAAAUUCCAGUUGCUACCUAUCUUGGCACAGUGAGCGCGAGGUCUCGUCUGGAUUACCCUUGAUUUAGGGGAAUCUCUUGCAUGCAAAUAAGCCAAAAUGGGUGUAUGAGGUAUAAUCUCAUAGACUGAACCUGUUUGCUGAUACACCAAACUGUUCAAGCACAUUAAAAUCAAUAAGCUCUUGCACUGAGAAGAAUCCUUUUCAGGAGCAGUCCUUCUGCCUCUGUCAAUCCCACGCCAAAACAUGCUGAACUAAAGCAGCUCGUGACUCUAACACUUGGCACUAGUAAGGUAUGAAUCCCAGAACACGACUCUUCAGUGUAUCUAGAUUUUUGUAAAAUCUUUGUAUCUAGCAGUGACAUUGUGUCUGCACAGUUUUAAAGUGACACGCUUGUUUAAUUAGGUUAACUCUUGGGUCAUGUAAGAUGUUGCCACAGACUGGCCUGCUCUGUCUUGUAGAUUUUUUGGGGGUUAAAUGUAGAUAACAGGAUCGUCGGCUACCAUGGUGUGAGGAAUUAGGUGUCAGGUACUGGUAAGUAGAAGAUCCUCAGCUGCAGAUUAAGGCAAAGGAUAGAAAGAAGUAUUGCCAGAUUAGCAGCCUGGCUUAACUUGGAAGAAAGACACCAAUACGAUGUAAACAGGCCGAGUUCAGGAUUCUAGAAAAUAAACAAUUCAAGGUCAGGGCAGGCAGAAAGCAGGGGAGGUCAAUUAACAAGCCAGGCGAAUACAGGAACACAAGAUAUGCAAAACUCAGACCCAAAUAAAUAGCAUAGUAACGAUAUCGAGCUGGCAAUGAGCUAGAGGAGAGUUGGUCCUGUUAUGUCAGAAGGACAUGCCGCUGCGUGAAAUUACGUACAAAAUGUGUCAUCAAUUAAUGCAGCCAUACAUUGUCUGGUAUUAAACUUCUAAAUUGCUAGGCAAGCUUAAUUUAAAAAAAAUGUGUGCAGGCCGGCUUAAAGAAACCUCUACUGACUGCUGGUAUAUUAGGUUCACUGUGCUCUUAACAUGGUAUUAGUGCACUAACUCACAAGAGAUUUAUGGCUAAAUAGAUACAUUGGCUUCCACUGCAUCAAUCUCCACAAUAAGGUACUGGCAGUAGGAAAGUAGAACAGCGCCCCCUAGUGGACUUGGUUAAAAUUACAUUACAUGCAUUGUCUAUAGUGAAUAUUAUCCGUUUAUUGUGAAUUAAAGAACGUACAUUCCUUCAUCCUGUUCCCAUUGGCUUGUGUUUUUACCUAUAUUAGAUAUGUGUCGCACACAUUCACUUUAAAUAAAUCACUUUUUCACCUUAGUAGAAAUAACAUGAUGCACUAAUUUGGCUUCAUUUGUUUUAUAUCAUUUUGAACAAAGGUUAACUUUGUGACUUCCAAGUCCUCACUAGACUAUAUUGUGCAUCUAACUCACAUUAUCUAUCACACACAGUCUGAGUUAUUCACUGAUGUGAGAAUUUAAAGUGAAUUUCAAAUUUAAGGUCAAACAAGCCAAACUGGAAAAAUCCUCUAUGCCAACUAUGCUCUCAGUUCAUCUACUUUGGCCUUAAAUUUGAAAUUUUCUUUGAAUUCACUUUCAAUUCUCACUUUAGUAAAUAGCUCUUAUAGUGUUUUGCAAUAUGUGUGUGUGUGUGUGUGUGUGUGCAUAUAUAUGUAUAUAAAUUUAUAUAUUUUAUUAAUUUUUUUCUCUUUGCUAUUAGCUUUCAUUAAUUUAAUUGCAAGAAAUAUGCAUUGAUUACAGCUUGACUCUGCAGUUUUCCCAUAGAUGUAAAUUCACAUGGAGUUGACUCUGAAAGCAGAAAGGUAUUCAGCCAUAUCAGCCUGGAAUGUAGAUUAACCAUUUAGCAAAUAAGCAACUUCACUUAUCAGAUUCCCGUUAUGUACAAAAAUUCCCACCGGGGAGGAUAAAGAGAGAGAUGAUCACAGAAUACUUCUACAAUCAGGUUGAAAAUCUUAUCCUGUAUUUUUGUGUUAACAUCUGUAACUUGUCAGAAAUGUAUAUUCUAGUUAUGCACUAAGUAAAUGAUCAGAUACCCAGGCCAUCACAAUUUUCUAAAAAUGGCAUAAAACUUGUAGAAUAUUUAACUUUCUAAAAUAAAGAAAGAUUUUCAAAAUUAAUGUUUUAUUUUUCUAUAUCUUUUUUAUAGGAGGAAUACUUGAUUGUGAUAUGUGUUGUCCAAGAAUACAUCGAUAUCUGUACCCAACCUUAGCUUAACAGAUAUUUGAUCUGUUGCCACUUGACGUUACCAAUGAGAGAUUCCACUAUGUUGCACGCAGAGGGCAGUGCCUUACUGAAGGCCGUGUGGCAGGGCAAAUUCAGACUCACGCGCCUCCUGCUGGAAGGUGGUGCCUAUAUUAAUGAAGGGAAUGCCCAAGGGGAAACACCACUGAUGGCUGCUUGCUUAGCCAAAUAUGACGACCCUCAGAAUAAAUCUCGGAUGGUGAAAUACCUUUUGGAAAAUGGAGCAGACCCUAAUAUGCCGGACAAGAUGGGUAAAACAGCUCUUAUGCAUGCCUGUUGCAAUCUGACUGGGGUGGGCAUAGUGUCUGUGUUGCUGGAGCAUGGGUCAGAUCCUAGUUUGAAGGACUAUUCUGGUACAUCUGCACUCAUGUAUGCCAUUAACAAGGGGGACCGUGAAACUUUGAGAGUCCUUUUAGAUGCAUGCAAAGCUAGAGGUAAGGAAGUUAUCAUCAUAACUACCGAUACUUCUCCUUCUGGGACCAAAAAGACAAAGCAGUAUCUCAACUCCCCUCCAUCACCAGGCAUUGAUGAAAAGCAAUCCCCUGCGGUAUGUAUGUCACCAUCAGAAAUAGACUUAAAGACUUCCCUCUCCCCUGCAAGUGAGAAAGAAGAAGCUAGGGAUGUCUUUAACUUCAACAUGGGAACUAGACUUACAUGUCCUUCGUCCUGCAAACUCGAGGUUAAACCACCAGACCACAUACCGAUUAAAGGUAGGAUGAUUAACAAGAAACAGCUAAAGAGACUGAAUUCUGAACCAUGGGGGCUAGUUGCCCCAUCAGUGCUGGCUGCUUCUCAUCUUGCUGUGCCCACUGAAAAGACCACAGUUGAAGAGGCUGAAGAGAAGGUCAUAUCUGAAGUAAACAAUUUAUCUAUUACCAAGAGACCUGUACUUUCCAGACGUCAUAGCAUAGAGGGACAAGACCCAUCAUGCUUCAAGAUGGGUGAGGAGUCUCCUGAGGAGGAUCCAUCAGCUCAAGAUGCUUCAUGGGCUGACAAAAUCCAAUUAAGUCACCUUCAUCAGCCACUGUCAAGGCGCAAUACAGCACCUGAGGCUCAGGAAACAUCUAAUGCCACACUGGCUCCAACAGUUGGAACUGCCUUACGUGUAGUUGCUCAUCAUAAGUUGACACGCAUGGACCACUAUGAAUCAGAUUCACAUCUUUGUCCAGAUUCUAUUCCAGGUUCCCCAGACUCUGGACGUGUUUCUUUGGAAAGGCGGAAAUACAAUGCUUCUCCAUUGACCCUCUUCACUAGUUCUUCACGGGAGUCCUUAGAGAGUAUUCCUAGUGCUGUCUCACCAAUGACCGUCCGCCGCAGGACCCCCGGCCUCUUAGAAAGACGGGGAUCAGGGACACUUCUUUUGGAUCAUAUAUCUCAUACUCGACCAGGCUUCUUGCCUCCUCUAAACAUCAAUCUAAACCCUCCGAUCCCAGACAUCCGAUCUAAUGGCAAAGCACCAUCACCCGUCCAUGGAAGCCAGAAGACACUUAUUCCAGUAGCACCCACCUCUCCAAAACACUUUGAUGCCAAAGCCAAGAAAAAAUUGAUUAGAAGGCAUUCUAUGCAAACCGAACAAAUCAAGCAGCUUGCUAGUUUUCAAAAUCUAUUUGCCCCAAAUGAGUCUACAAAUUAGAUCACGAAAACAGCAAUUCGGAAGUUUGUUACUCAAGCAUACUUGAUCACCCAGCUCACAAGACAUAUUGGUUGCUUCAUGUUUUUAGCACUAGUCAACAAAAUAAAAUAUAGACAUAUAAAAAUAAGAUGGAAAAAAAAAAAUAGAUGACUAAGUAUUUUUUACAUAGUGAUCACAUUAGGUGACCUCUGAAGACUUAGAAGAGAUGAGGAACUAAAUACUUGUGUAAAUGGAAAUCCAUACAAAUGUAAAUUUAAAAGCCAAAAUGUAAUUCCAGAUACUUAUAUUUAAAUGAAGAACCAGAUAAAUGCAUACUUAAUUAUAUAUUAUUUAGAUAACUGUGUAACCAUAACAAUACAAACUCUGUUGGAUAAUCAUCUGGUGCCAUCUUCUGAGCAACUCACAAACAAAAGGAUUUUGUAAUUUUUUUGCGUGGGAUCAAAUUUAUAUUUCUUUUUUAAUUCAUUUUAUGAAAUUUCCUUUGUAAAGUAGAGCACUUAGUACUUAGUACAUGGAGAACCCUUUUAAUGAGUUUGAUUAUGCGUUUCCCCACUCUGUGACAAAUUUACAUUAACCCCUCAAGGACCAAACUUCUGGAAUAAAAGGGAAUCAUGACAUCUCACACAUGUCAUGUGUCUUUAAGGGGUUAAGUAGAACAAAAACAUAGCUUUAGAUGAAUGACAUACAAAUCCAGGAGAACAAAUGCUUUGGUAACAAAAUAGAACGGCUUUUAUAUAUAUAUAUAAUGUAUAAAUAUAAUAAUGAAUGUCACUGGAUACAUACUUUUUUGUUGAAACUAGGCAAUAUUUUUAAUUUAUAGAAAUUUUUUAGACGAGCCGACCAUAUUUUGAAAUUCCGUACUGCGCAGUGGGUGACGUCACAGCAUGCAUUAAUAAUUCCAGCCAUGGUGUGACUGAUACUGAGCAGUGAAUACGCAGAGAAGCCUGAGAUUUGUGGGAGUUGUUCUGCACGGUAGCAGGUACGUUGUCCCCUGCUGUCAUUCUUUCAGCCUUCUUUUGUUAGUGAUGUGUUGGGAGAGGGACUGGUUACACAGUUAUAGUGCACUUUUCUCUCCCCAGCUGCUAUCCCAGCAUAUCAUUGAAGGGAGAGAGAGUGAAUUAAAGAUGCCAGCUGCUGCAAGAUAUUCUAACUCCCACCAAUCUUGGGCAGACCAGGAUGUCAAUGUGCUGGCUUGAGAUUAAAGGAACCUUUGCACUUGCCUAACCCUUAUGCUAAGCCCUAAUUUAAAAGAUCAUGUAUUGUGAAAGAUAUAUAAUGCUAAAUAAAGCAAGUAUUAGGGAAAAAUCCUGGAAUACCAGGGGUUCUGGAGACAUUAAUGUACCACUAAAUCGAACGCUACGAUGUCUUCAGAACUCUGAGAUUGAAUUUUUUUUUACCUGUAAUACAUGAUUCAUUGCUAUAUAUGUGUCUGAAAUAGUGUGUAGGGAUAGAUUUAUAUGUAUAAUUUAGAACACAUGUUUAUAUAUAAAUAUAUAAUUUAAAUGUAUAUAUUAGAUAUGUAUAUACACCUCACAGACAUCUUGCACUCAACAUUGCUUAUUAAAAGGUCCAGGUUCGUCAGCUGUUUGUUUCCACAAUGAAAUUGAGAGUUAUCAAGAUUCUAUAUAGAAGGAGACUUUAGUAAAGUAAGUCAAUAUAAGACUGAAAUAUUAAACAGUCAUAUUAAACCUCAAUCAGACUUUAAAAAGUCCCACUUUAUGUAUAGACACUUUAGAUGAUUUAGAGAUUGUCUGCUUACAGAACUUGUGAAAUGAUGAUCUCAGGUGAUAUCAAUCUAGGAAGCCGUGUCAUCAAGACAAGCCGUGUUGAUAACCUCUUCUACUGGUAAACCAGCUUUCUCCUCGUUGUCUACAGGAAUUUGCUGGUCCUAUGUGUACGCCAUUUUAAUAUUCCAAAUUUCAGAUUUCCCUCUCUCAAUAUUUCAUCUUAAGGAGUUAAUCUAUUCUAUGUUCUGUAGACCAUCAGAUCACCAUGUUCAUUAUAAAUAGAAUGUCCAGCUCAUAGGGCAAUCACCUUGGUAACCAUUGGAAUGUUCCUACAGAUAGUUAACCGGGUUAUUCCUUGAAGUGAGGAUUCAACAUGAAUUUCAAAUUUAGGGUCAAAAUAUCCAAACCGCAAAAUUUCUCUAAGUCAGAUAUUAUUAUUAUUUUAUUAUUCAUAUAGUGACAUCAGAUUUUGUAGCGCUGUACAAUGGGAUAUGCUUCUAGUUUAUCUAAUCUGGCCUUAAAUUUAAAAUUCAGUUUGAAAUCUUACUCUAGUAAAUAACUCUGUAGGAACGUUGUCCCAGAAUUGAUCUGUUUUCGCACAACUCUGGCUGCAUUAGAAAACGAAUGGAGACUGUUACUCGGAUCAGAGUUUAUUAGUGUCUAAUAUUCCAACUUUAGUCUUGGUCUACAACUACGCUCACCUGGAGUCCUUAACACCAAAACAUGGACAAAGGUAUAACGAUUCAUCAGAGGGUGAUGGGGUCACCAGAUAUUUGAUGUAGUUCAAUGACUUGGUGUGAUAAUCACUUAUUUUAUUCAGCACAGAACAUUUUCUGUUGAAGCAAAUACUUUAUAGUUCUCGAAGAUUCUUCUUGCUAAUUUUACUUUCGGUGGAUGGCAGCAGCAAUUAUACAUCGGGGUAGUUUGUGAUGUGUGAUUUUACUGUAGGCAUAUAGAAUGAAAUAUUAUAUUCAGAUGAUAAGAAACAUGUAGACGAACAAAUAUGUCUGGCCACUGUAGUCUACAAUAAAACAUACUGAGCAUUUGUAACCUACAUUCAAGCAUGUCUUGGGAUCAUUUCCUAUUCUCAAGAACAUAGGGUCAACAUACGCUACACUCAAACAUGUUAGGCAGUCGUUCCCAGUAGGACCACUGAUAAAUACUCUCCAAUAUGUAGGACCAACGUAUUCUUCAUUGUUUGAAAGUCGUAAUAUAAGCUUAGACGUGCUGAACCAACAUCUCACUCAGAUCAUCAGAACUAGAUGCAAUAUUAAUUACAACUCUAAGUACUGGUUUCUUACCACAUUGUAUCACCCGAAAACGUUUUGUACAUUAUUAUAAUCUUACAUGUGGAGUACAGAGUUCCUGGCAGGUAACGCAGACUUAGUCACUGUUGAAAUCUUAACAGAAUAAAUCUGUGAUUUGAAUAAUUUGGGGCUUUUUUUGUUAAACUUGCUUGUUUUUUUAUUUUAUUUUAAGACCUUAUGGAGUGUUUGAGAUUAGACUGAAUGGUUAAAUGCCUUGUUUGCUUUUAGCUCUCUUUGUUAAUGGUGGAGUUAAUAAGCUGAUCAGUCUAUAUUUUGAAAUAGUUGGUAUGUUUCAGAACCCAUGGUCCUGACUCAAAAUGUUUGAGUCUAAAGUACAUUGUUGGUGGGGGCAAGUGUUGGCCCAAGUUAACGCAUUUACCCAAACUCAUUCAAAUAUCAUCACUGUCUUAUAUAAUGUGCUCUGGGUUUGUGCCUGGUUUGCCUCUAGGUUAAAUUCAGCAGAUUAACUGUGUUCAUUCUGCCCCUGCUACAAGGUUAAAUAUUAGCUGGAAUACCCCUCCUACAAGAUUACAUUUGGACUGGUCUACCCCGCCCCCUCCUACAAGGUUUUUUAUUGGCUAAUGUCUGCUCCUCCUACAAGGUUCCAUAAUAGUUGAUAUCUGCUCCUUUUAUGAGAUUUCUUAUUGGCUGACCAAUAUUAACAACUAUAUGGGCUGUCCCAAACACAUACACACCUCUUCAUUUAACUCUUUAAAUAUAUACUAUGAUUUUAUGUAUUUUUCAACGCACAAUUCCCUUUAUAAUAUUACCUUUUGGUUUGACUAGGCCUUAUCGGGCUGAAUGAAGACCGGGGUAACGGACUCAGUGUUUAUAAUAUUAUACAUACAUAGAAUAAAGAUUAAAUACAGGUUAUUGUGAGGCACAUGAGUUGUGUUAUUUUUUUUAAUACAGUGCUUAGGAAUGAUAUAACUUAUAUUUGAAUAUAAAUAUAGAGAAACAGACAGAGGAAUAGAUUUAAUUAAUAACUAAGUAUACACAGGUUCGUGUAUGUGUACAGGUCUAUAUAUAGCUAUAGAUAUGUGUUAAUAGAAAUAUACUGUGUGCUGCCUAGAUAUGUAUGGUGCGCGUAGAGACUGUGCGGGAACCAGACAAAUAAUUGUCUAGAACUUUACAUGCAGUUAUGUCAUGUGAACACAAGAUGGCAGUGUUGCCGCAUAUAUAUUUAGGAUUAUUUCUGCAUAUCCUAAAAAAACAAUGUGUAGGGAUUUUUAAGAAUGGGAUGAACUUCCAUAAGAUUAUUAUAAAAUAAUUUUAAUGUCGUCACAUUGGAAAUGGGAUAAUACCGAAUUAUUCACUAAAGUCUGACAUGUCCAGAAAUCAAAGUGAAUUCAAAGUAAGUUACAUAUUUUAGACCAAAACAGAUGGAUUGAUAAAAAUCUCCAGGUCGAAUAUGUUUUCAGUUUGGCUUUUAAGACGUAAAACUUCUCUUUGGAUUCAUUAUUAUUUUUAUAAACGUAUUGCAUGUAAUAUCUGUUUCUGCUGCUGAUCCAAAAGAAGGCGAAUACUGAUUUAACCCCAAAGUGCUAUUGAUGGCACCUGUCCGCUCGGCCCCUUUGCCCUUGAUCCGGCGCCAUUGAUAGUCUGAGAGCACCAACUGAUGUACACAACUAAGAGCCAGUAUCUGUAUUCACAAUGCUGCUAACUGCUUUUAUAUAUAUAAUGCAACCUAGUGCGGGUUUUCGAUUCAAUAAUGAAGAAAUGUACCAAUUCCUGGGAUCUGUUAUUGGUAAUAACUUGUACUGCUACAUAGGUCAGUUACAAUCAAUAAGAAUUAGAGCAAUACCAGAUGGAUAAUAAAAUUGCCUCUUACGACCCCUGCCUUAAUAUCUUCCCAUUUCAUACCCGACGCGUUUUACUGCAGUUCUUUUAACCCUGCCAGACAGCUCUUUCAAUCAUUGCUUUGCUGUUUGCAGUUUACUUUGUCUUUAUUUUGUACUUAGAUCAGAUUUGUUUAAUGUCAGAUGCAAUGUAAGUUUCCUUGAACACGAAAAGUAACAUUUAUAUCAAGUACCAUCAGAUUAUCCAUCUUGUAGUUUCACAAUAUCAGAAAUCUAGUAUUUUUAAUAUAAUAUUGGAUACAUUUACCAAGAUAUUGGGUGGAUUGAAAAGAAUAAAUAUAUAAAGCAUAUUUUCAGGAUCACAUAAAAACAUCAUUACAUUUUAAUUUGAUAAAUCUAUCGUAUUCCCAAACUGAGAUAUAAAAUUCUCCUGUCCUGGAUGUAGUUAUUUCAUGGUGUCUGCAUGUGCUGACAAAUGUGAUUAUGUUUUUCAGGCAGCUGAAGGCGAUGAGGUGUAGAUACAGUGUUUAUUCACCUCUAACUGUCCUAAAACUGCAACGUUGCCAUGGAAAUGUUUCUAAUGAUCCUAAUAUGUCAGUUACCAAAUUUAUUGUUCUUUAGAAAUAUGUAUUUUCCUUCCUACAAUAUAACACAUUUUCGAACAUUAUCUGGUUUCAUGAGAUUUCUUUAGUGAUCUAAGAAUAAAAAUUUUUUAAUGAUAUAUUUCUUAAUAAUUUGCUAUAAAUAUUAAAAUUCUAAACUUCUAUAAAUGUUUCCCUUUCUGAAACUGGAAAAGACUGACAUAAUGUAUGACUUACUGACAUGAUAAAUGCACUAUUAUUAUUUAAUGUUUUGUUGUUUUUACUUUUCUUCAUUUUGGCCGCUGGUUGUGUUUAACCCCUUAAGGAUGAUCUGUGCCAUCAUACAAUAUGUUCUCUAAUAGUAAAGCUCUGUAGAGAUGCCAUUAUUAUAUUAGCGGGAUAUUCUAUGAUGGUAUAAGGUCUUCAUGAACCCGGUUAUACUGAUGGCAAAGAGUAACAUUUGGUCCUUAAGGGGUUAAUACUAUAAGCAGCCAACUUUUAUCUGAAAAUGCCUCAUUGUAAGACAUGGCAAAUGUUACCAUUACCUCUAUGUAUGUGUCAUUUUAUUAUAUUAUAAAACAUGAAGGCUGAAUUCAGUUGGGUUCUUUUUAAUGCAGAUGUUUCUCAGAGUUUAAUUAUGGCUGAGAAUAAAAAGUAUUAAUUUAUUUAUUUGACAAUUAAUCGUGAAAAAAAAUAUAUUAGCACAAGAUGUGAAACUUCAUUAUUCUUAAGACUUUACUGAAUAAUGUUAAAAUAAUCCUCAAGUCCCAACGUUCCUUAUUAACCUUAUAUAUAUAUAUGGAUUGUUAUAUGUGUCUAUCAACUGAACUUCUCUUUAUGUAAAUCAGUUUAAUAGAACUCUUCCAAACAGAUUAAUAUUAUUUGUCUCUAACCAAGUGAUUAAAAAAUGAAUUCUAGUUCCAUUUUAAUGAACCGACUCGUUUUACUUUGACCACAAUAAAUCAUGGUUUAUAGAACUCCAGGUAGAACCCAUGUAAACGUUGGACUGAAUAGGAAUUUAUUAAUGGAGAAUCCAGUCACUGGGAUCUGUUUAUCGGUAAGGAUACCAAGAUAUUUACUGACGGAGGAAUCUGCACACUUAUUAUCAGAGAACGACGGGUGUUUCUUGUCAACCAUAUUACUUAACUCUUUCACUGCCAAUAGAAGUCUUCCUGAAAAGCAAACCAACCCAAGUCCAAUCUUCUUGCAGUAAAUCAAGAGUUAAAGUGCUUUUAAAUAUAAAGGAUAUGUGUUAACCCCAUAACUGCUAAAAGCCUCACUGAGCAAUGGGAAUUUAUUAACCUCUUACAUGCUGGAGAAAGCUGCUACAUGUAUUUGUCCCACCCCCGCGGAAUGCCGGGUUCUGAAGCGAUUGGCUGAAUAUCUUGUCGAUAAUCCCUAACAAUGUGACGGACUCUCGCGCUUUUUUAGGAAAACAAUGACUCCAAAGGUGACGUAGGCGCCAUCUACGCAAUAUCAGAAAUCGUAAAACGUGUUUGUUAAAUUAGCUCAGAGGAUUAGACAAUCAGGAACAAAAAUAAAAUCUAUCAGAUCCAUGAAAUAAAAUUAUCUGGAAAACUA